AUGGAUGGAGGAGACCAGUACCAGUGGAUAAUGCAGUCCAUGAGGAGGAGGACUCUGGCGACAGAUGAACAGCGGGUGAUUGCUGCGGAAGGCCUGCAGGAUGAGGAGGACCAUGAAGGCUUUCUUAGAGGAAGAUGCCCUUGAUGCUGAUCUACUCUGAUAAGAUGAGGAUGAAGAGAAGGAGAUCAAGGAGCCAGAGGAAGUUGAGGAGCCUCUCAGCCAAGCUCUUCAACUGGAAGGUAACUAUAAAUGAUGUGUUAUUGUUAUUUAUUAUUAGGACUUAUACAGUUGAAGCCGGAAGUUUACAAAUACCUUAGCCAAAUAGAUUUAAACUCAGUUUUUCACAAUUCCUGACAUUUAAUCCUAGUAAAAGUGCCCUGUCUUAGGUCAGUAUGAAAAUGUAUGCACUCACUAACUGUAAGUCGCUCUGGAUAAGAGCGUCUGCUAAAUGACUAAAAUGUAAAUGUAAAAUGUCAGUUAGGAUCACCACUUUAUUUUAAGAAUGUGAAAUGUCAGAAUAACAGUAGAGAGAAUGAUUUAUUUCAGCUUUUAUUUCUUUCAUCACAUUCCCAGUGGGUCAGAAGUUUACAUACACUCAAUUAGUAUUUGGUAGCAUUACCUUUAAAUUGUUUAACUUGGGUCAAACGUUUCGGGUAGCCUUCCACAAGCUUCCCACAAUAAGUUGGGUGAAAUUUGGCCCAUUCCUCCUGACAGAGCUGGUGUAACUGAGUCAGGUUUGUAGGCCUCCUUGCUCGCACACAAUUCUUCAGUUUUGCCCACAAAUGUUCUAUAGGAUUGAGGUCAGGGCUUUGUGAUGGCCACUCCAAUACCUUGACUUUGUUGUCAUUAAGCCAUUUUGCCACAACUUUGGAAGUAUGCUUGGGGUCAUUGUCCAUUUGGAAGACCCAUUUGCGACCAAGCUUUAACUUCCUGACUGAUGUCUUGAGAUGUUGCUUCAAUAUAUCCACAUCAUUUUCCUUCCUCAUGAUGCCAUCUAUUUUGUGAAGUACACCAGUCCAUCCUGCAGCAAAGCACCCCUACAGCAUGAUGCUGCCACCCCUGUGCUUCACGGUUGGGAUGGUGUUCUUCGGCUUGCAAGCUACCCCCUUUUUCCUCCAAACAUAACGAUGGUCAUUAUGGCCCAACAGUUCUAUUUUUGUUUCAUCAGACCAGAGGACAUUUCUCCAAAAAGUAUGAUCUUUGUCCCCAUGUGCAGUUGCAAACCGUAGUCUGGCUUUUUUAUGGCGGUUUUGGAGCAGUGGCUUCUUCCUUGCUGAGCGGCCUUUCAGGUUAUGUCGAUAUAGGACUUGUUUUACUGUGGAUGUAGAUACUUUUGUACCUGUUUCCUCCAGCAUCUUCACAAGGUCCUUUGCUGUUGUUCUGGGAUUGAUUUGCACUUUUCGCACCAAAGUAUGUUCAUCUCUAGGAGACAGAACGCGUCUCCUUCCUGAGCGGUAUGAUGGCUGCGUGGUCCCAUGGUGUUUCUACUUGCGUACUAUUGUUUGUACAGAUGAACGUGGUACCUUCAGGCGUUUGGAAAUUGCUCCCAAGGAUGAACCAGACUUGUGGAGGUCUACCAUUUCUGAGGUCUUGGCUGAUUUCUUUUGAUUUUCCCAUGAUGUCAAGCACUGAGUUUGAGGGUAGGCCUUGAAAUACAUCCACAGGUACAUCUCCAAUUGACUCAAAUGAUGUCAAUUAGCCUAUCAGAAGCUUCUAAAGCCAUGACAUCAUUUUCUGGAAUUUUCCAAGCUGUUUAAAAGUUACAGUCAACUUAGUGUAUGUAAACUUCUGACCUACUGGAAUUGUGAUACAGUGAAUUAUAAGUGAAAUAAUCUGUCUGUAAACAAUUGUUGGAAGAAUUGCUUGUUUCAUGCACAAAGUAGAUGUCCUAACCGACUUGCCAAAACUAUAGUUUGUUAACAAGAAAUUUGUGGAGUGGUUGAAAAACGAGUUUUAAAGACUCCAACCUAAGUGUAUGUAAACUUCCGACUUGAACUGUAUACACUGAACAAAAAUAUAAACGCAACAUGCAACAAUUUCAAAGAUCUUUCAUAUAAGUAAAUCAGUCAAUUGAAAUAAAUUCAUUGGGCCCUAAUCUAUGGAUUUCACAUGACUGGGAAUACAGAUAUACAUCUGUUGGUCACAGAUACUGGACCUUAAUAAAAUUGAAUGAAUGAAUUAGAAAACCAGUCAGUAUCUGGUGUGACCACCAUUUGCCUCAUGCAGCGUGACACAUCUCCUUCACAUAGCGUUUAUCAGGCUGUUGCUUGUGGAAUGUUGUCCCACUCCUCUUCAAUGGCUGUGCAAAGUUGCUGGAUAUUGGCGGGAACUGGAACACGCUGUCGUACACGUCGAUCCAAAGCAUCCCAAACUUGCUCAAUGGGUGACAUAUCUAGUGAGUAUGCAGGCCAUGGAAGAACUGGGAAAUGUUUUGCCUCCAGUAAUUGUGUACAGAUCCUUGCGACAUGGGGCGGCUGUACAUUAUCAUGCUGAAACAUGAGGUGAUGGCGGCGGAUGAAUGGCACGAUAAUGGGCCUCAGGAUCUCGUCACAGUAUAUCUGUGCAUUCAAAUUGCCAUCAAUAAAAUGCAAUUGUGUUCGUUGUAAGUACCUUAUGCCUGCCCAUACCAUAACCCCACCACCACCAUGGGCCACUCUGUUCACAACGUUGACAUCAGCAAACCGCUCCUCCACACAAAGCCAUACACGCUGUCUGCCACCUGCCCGGAAGAGUUGAAACCGGGAUUCAUCCGUGAAGAGCACACUUCUCCAGCGUGGCAGUGGCCAUCGAAGGUGAGCAUUUGCCCACUGAAGUCGAUCUGCAGUCAGGUCAAGACCCUGGUGAGGACGACGAGCACGCAGACAAGCUUCCCUGAGACAGUUUCUGACAAAUUGUGCAGAAAUUAUUUGGUUGUUUAAACCCACAGUUUCAUAAGCUGUAAGUCGCUCUGGAUAAGAGCGUCUGCUAAAUGACAAAAAAAAAAAAAAAAAAAAAUAAUAAUAAUAAAAAAUAAUAAGCUGUCCGGGUGACUGGUCUCAGACGAUCCCGCAGGUUGGAUGUGGAGGUCCUGGGCUGGCAUGGUUACACGUGGUCUCCGGUUGUGAGGCCGGUUGGACUUACUGCCAGAUUCUAUAAAACAAUGUUAGAGGCAGCUUAUGGUAGAUAAAUUAACAUUACAUUUUCUGGCAAGAGCUCUGGUGGGCAUUCCUGCAGUCAGCAUGUCAAUUGCUCGCUCCUUCAAGACUUGAGACAUCUGUGGCAUUGUGUGGUUUGACAAAACUGCACAUUUUAGAAUAGCCUUUUAUUGUCUCCAGCACAAGGUGCACCUGUGUAAUGAUCAUGCUGUUUAAUCAGCUUCUUGAUAUGCCACACCUGUCAGGUGGAUGGAUUAUCUUGGCAGUGGAGAAAUGCUCACUAACAAGGAUGUAAACAAAUUUGUGCACAGAAUUUGAGAGAAAUUAGCUUGUUAUAUGUAUGGAACAUUUCUGGGAUCUUUUUAUUUCAGCUCAUGAAACAUGGGACCAACACUUUAUAUGUUGCGUUAAAUUUUGUAUAUAUACUGUGUAUUCGGAAAGUAUUCAGACCCCCUGACUUUUUCCACAUUUUGUUACAUUACAGCCUUAUUCUAAAAUUGAUGAAAUUGUUUUUUUCCCCUCAUCAAUCUACACACAAUACCCCAUAAUGACAAAGCAAAAACAGGUUUUUAGAAAUGUUUGCAAAUGUAUAAAAACAGACCCUUUAAUCAGUACUUUGUUGAAGCACCUUUGGCAGUGAUUACAGCCUGGAGUCUUCUUGGGGAUGGCACUACAAGCUUGGCACACCUGUAUUUGGAGUUUCUCCCAUUCUUCUCUGCAGAUCCUCUCAAGCUCUGUCAGGUUGGAUGGGGAACGUCGCUGCACAGCUAUUUUUAGGUCUCUCCAGGGAUGUUCGAUCGGGUUUAAGUCCGGGCUCUGGCUGGGCCACUCAAGGACAUUCAGAGACUUGUCCCGAAGCCAGUCUUGCGUUGUCUUGGCUGUGUGCUUAGGGUCGUUGUCCUGUUGGAAGGUGAACCUUUGGCCCAUUUUGAGGUCCUGAGCGCUCUGGAGCAGGUUGUCAUCAAGAAUCUCUCUGUACUUUGCUCCGUUCAUCUUUCCCUCGAUCCUGACUAGUCUCCGAGUCCCUGCCGCUGAAAAACAUCCCCACAGCAUGAUUCUGCCACCACCAUGGUGCCAGGUUUCCUCCAGACGUGACACUUGACAUACAGGCCAAAGAGUUCAAUCUUGGUUUCAUCAGACCAGAGAAUCUUGUUUCUCAUGGUCAGAGUCCUUUAGGUGCCUUUUGGCAACCUUCAAAUGAGCUGUCAUGUGCCUUUUACUGAGGAGUGGCUUCCGUCUGGCCACUCUACCAUAAAGGCCUGAUUGGUGGAGUGCUGCCGAGAUGGUUGUCCUUCUGGAAGGUUCUCCCAUCUCCACAGAGGAACUCUGGAGCUCUGUCAGAGUGACCAUCGGGUUCUUGGUCACCUCCCUGACCAAGGCCCUUCUCCCCCGAUUGCUCAGUUUGGCCGUGCGGCCAACACUAAGAAGAGUCUAGGUGGUUCCAAACUUCUUCCAUUUUAAGAAUGAUGGAGGCCACCGUGUUCUUGGGGACCUUCAUUGCUGCAGAAAUGUUUUGGUACCCUUCCCCACAUCUGUGUCUCGACACAGUCCUGUCUUGGAGCUCUACGAACAAUUCCUUCGACGUCAUGACUUGGUUUUUGCUCUGACAUGCACUGUCAACUGUGGGACCAUAUAUAGACAGGUGUGUGCCUUUCCAAAUCAUGCCCAAUCAAGUUGUAGAAACAUCUCAAGGAUGAUCAAUGGAAACAGGAUGCAUCUGAGCUCAAUUUCAAGGGUCUGAAUACUUAUGUAAAUAAGGUAUUUUUUUAGUUUAAUAAAUAUGCACACAUUCCUAAAAACCUGUUUUCACUUUGUCAUUAUGGGUUAUUGUGUGUAGAUUAAUGAGGAUUUUUAUUUAUUUAAUCAAUUUUAGAAUAUCACUGUAACGUAACAAAAUGUGGAAAAAGUAAAGGGAUCUGAAUACUUUCCGAAUGCACUGUACUGUAUAUGCAUUCGGAAAGUAUUCAGACCCCUUGACUUUUUCCAAUUAUUUUUCAAAUUCUACCGGUUUUCCCCCUUCUACAUGUCCCCUCUCCCUUGCAUGUUUUCCCUUUCUUAUCCAAGACAUCCUGCAUGCCAGCCUCCCUUUAUGUUUGAUUCAUGACUCUAAUGGCCUUGAGGAUAUAAUGACUGUAAAAUAAAGUUGUGCUUUUGGAAUUAUACCCAUUCUGUAAUAUAUUAAAUGCGAGUUGAAUGUAGGAAUUGAUGUUGUAAAAGCUAAUAAUUGUUAUAUGCCUUAUUUCUUUCAUAUUUUCUAAUUCCAGUUCGAUUUGAAUGAAAGUAGCCCUGAAAUGAAUGUCGUAUAAUGUUAUGAUAGCGAUUUUAAAUGUCUUCAUUUUCAGUUUUGAAUGAGACGGUGUAUUCCCCUAAGAUAAUUAUUUCAGUAAAGUUCUUGUUUUAUUAAAAUUAUAUCACUUGUUUGUCUUUACUUAUUAUUUGUAAGACUAAAUGCUAUUUGUAAUUUUUUGGGGUGCAGAUACAGUAUGUGUUUUAAUUAGGGCUGUCAAAUGAUUAAAAUUUUUAAUCAAAUUAAUCAGAAUUUUCAGUGGAUUAAUCAUGAUUAAUCACUAUUUGCAAUUACACCUGAAUCCUAACCAUUUUUUUUCUGAAAUGCAUACCAAAAGAUAAAUAACAGGACACAGAUACAUAAUUUUCAUAUUAUGUCUGUUUAUUAACACAGCCAAAUAAUGGUGUUUUAAAUCAAGCUGAAACAUACUACACACCAUAAUAUUUGUCUUUGUAAUGUUCCAUCACUUCCUCUUUGGCAUUCCUCUUAACCAGGAUGUACAAUUUACAGUAUUCAAUUGAACAGAAAGCAAUAAAUGUAGUCAAAUCAUAACAGUGACCUACCACAUUUUUGCACAAUUUGAGUCAUCUGUGGAAAAAAACAUUUUCAAUAAAACUUUUAAAUCAAACCAAAGAACAAUCUUUUACCUUUUCCUCCAUUCUUUAAUCCAGUUGCUCAAAAAUCCAGUUGCUAACUACUAUAACAUGUUGCACUGAAACUGGUCUUUUUGUUUGAACAUCACCUUUCAAAUCUACUGAGCUUCAUCAUCUUUCAGCCAGUUGCUGAGGCAAACUAACUUGUUCACAUUUUCUGAAAGUAAAGCUGACCUUUUCUUGUUCACAAUGUGACCUGCAACUGAGAAAAGUCGUUCACAGGGAACAGUGGUUGCAGGAGUGGCUAGAUAUCAAAUUAUCUGAGGUUGAUUUUGUUAAUUGCCUGCAAACAUUCAGCGUGGUCUGGCGCAAACCACUUGCUGAAUCUGACGGCCCAGCAAACGCAUGUUUGGCGUUGACAUGGUACUUCAAGCUUGAACAGCUCCGGUGAAAUUGAAACUCCUUCUUACAAAUCUUGCAAAUAACCUUGUACUUGUUAACUGUACCAUCAUCAUUCUUUUUAUAUUUGAAUCCGUCAAUAGGCCCACUUUGCUCACCUUGCUCCAUCUCGCCUCUAGCUCCCAACCACUUUCCUGACCUGAAUAAUUUGUCACACUGCGCAUGCGUGAAAUGCGUUAAAAAAAUUGACGUAAUUAACAGCAAACAACAAAUUAACGUCGUUAACGCGCUAUUUUUGACAGCCCUAGUUUUAAUAUACUAUCCAGAUAAGAAACUGUCUGAUCACAGAACAUUCUAUAGAAUUUUUGAAAAAUACAGUCUGUCACUAAAAUAUCUAACUCAUUUACAGUAAAAGGUAUUUCUAUUCUGAUUUCAGAUGAUCAAUCCUUACAAAAUAAGGAAGACUCAAUAUUCUCAACGUUUUUGGCAGAGAAGCAUUGAUUUUCGUAUAAGAUACACAUUUUCACGUGUUUCUCAGCUUCAAAAUAUGUAUCAUGUUUUCAUAGAAGGUUUGACACCAUCAAAUGAUUCUCAUUUAUACACACGAGGUCAUGGUCCACUAAAAAAUUGACAGGAAAGGGUUAACGCUCAACAUUCUUUAAUUAACGCACACAGUAAGCAGUCAAUACAACAAUCUCAACCUUUUUAUAAAACGUUUAUUUCGGAGGCACAAAAAACGCUGAUGGCGUGGGACUCAAGGUGUUAACUCCGCAUGCUGACAAACGAACAAAGGGCAUUGCAUUUCUUCAAAUAUAAACAAACAAGGGGAGGGCAUGGCUGGCAGGGAUGUAGCUCAGUUGGUAGAGCAUGGUGUUUGCAACGCCAGGGUAGUGGGUUCGAUUCCCACGGGGGGCCAGUAUGAAAAAUAAAAAAAAUAAUGUAUGCACUCACUAACUGUAAGUCGCUCUGGAUAAGAGUGUCUGCUAAAUGACGUAAAUGUAAAUGAGUUUGAAUAGGAAAUAUAGCAAAAUGAAUAGGAAAUGUAGUCAUUGACAAGGUUGGAAAUAACAAUUUUUAAUAUAAAUAAUAAUUGUGUCCUUCAAACUUAGCUUUUGUCAAAGAAUCCUCCAUUUGCAGCAAUUACAGCCUUGCAGACCUUUGGCAUUCUAGUUGUAAAUUUGUUGAGGUAAUCUGAAGAGAUUUCACCCCAUGCUUCCUGAAGCACCUCUCACAAGUUGGAUUGGCUUGAUGGGCACUUCUGCUCCCACAACAGCUCAAUAGGGUUGAGAUCCAGUGACUAUGCUGGCCACUCCAUUAUAGACAGAAUACAAGCUGACUGCUUCUUCCCUAAAUAGUUAUUGCAUAGUUUGGAGCUGUGCUUUGGGUAAUUGUCCUGUUGUAGGAGGAAAUUGGCUCCAAUCAAGCACCGUCCACAGGGUAUGGCAUUGCUUUGCAAAAUGGAGUGAUAGUCUUCCUUCUCAAGAUCUCUUUUACCCUGUACAAAUCUCCCACUUUACCACCACCAAAGCACCCCCAGACCAUCACAUUGCCUCCACCAUGCUUGACAGAUGGCAACAAGCACUCCUCCAGCAUCUUUUAAUUUGGUCUGCGUCUCACAAAUGUUCUUCUUUGUGAUCCGAACACCUCAAACUUCGAUUAGUCUGUCCAUAACACUUUUUUCUAAUCUUCCUCUGUCCAGUGUCUGUGUUCUUUUGCCCAUCUUAAUCUUUUCUUUUUAUUGGCCAGUCUGAGAUAUGGCUUUUUCUUUGCAACUCUGCCUAGAAGGUCAGCAUCCCGGAGUCGCCUCUUCACUGUUGACGUUGAGAAUGGUGUUUUGCGGGUACUAUUUAAUGAAGCUGCCAGUUGAGGACCUGUGAAGCGUCUGUUUCUCAAACUAGUCACUAAUGUAUUUGUCCUCUUGCUCAGUUGUGCACCGGGGCCUCCCACUCCUCUUUCUAUUCUGGUUAGAGCCAGUUUGCGCUGUUCUGUGAAGGGAGUAGUACACAGCGUUGUACGAGAUCUUCAGUUUCUUGGCAAUUUCUCGCAUGGAAUAGCCUUCAUUUCUCAGAACAAGAAUAGACUGACGAGUUUCAGAAGAAAGGUCUUUGUUUCUGGCCAUUUUGAUCCUGUAAUCGAACCCACAAUUGCUGAUGCUCCAGGGACUCAACUAGUCUCAAGAAGGCCAGUUUUAUUGCUUCUUUAAUCAACACAACAGUUUUCAGCUCUGCUGACAUAAUUGCAAAAUGGUUUUCUAAUGAUCAAUUAGCCUUUUAAAAUGAUAUACUUGAAUUAGAAAACACAAUGUGCCAUUGGAACACAGGACUGAUGGUUUCUGAUAAUGGGCCUAUGUACGCCUAUGUAGAUAUUCGAUUAAAAUCAGCCGUUUCCAGUUACAAUAGCCAUUUACAACAUUAAUAAUGUCUACACUGUAUUUCUGAUCAAUUUGAUGUUAUUUUAAUGGACAACAAAAUUGCUUUUCUUUCGUAAACAAGGACAUUUCUAAGUGACCCCAAACUUUUGAACGGUAGUGUACAUCCUCUUGUCGGACUCUGUAGAGGUCCGUAAUUGCUGAUUUUGAGCAGUAUUUCAUACUGGGGGUCUAAUGUGUGGAUCAUGUCCUUGAAGGCCUUCUUUUCCACCACUUGGAACGACACCAGUUCUUUCGCUAUGUAUUUGCUAACGGCGUCGGUGCACUUCUUCCACUGUGUGCUGUGCUUUUUGUAUUUUUGUUUUUGAAAAAGCCCCUAUCGGCUGUGAUGUAGAUAGGGUUGGCGACGGCAUUGAAGAGGGGCCCUGCCCCAACGCUCGUGGUCCCAAGCCUUGUAUAGGUCAGAGGGUGGUGUACCUGAAGUGGGAGCGCAGAUUUGAUGUAUUGCCUUUUGCUGAUAUUGCCUUCAGGCAAAUCUAGCAAAUUACCUCAGUUAAAUCAUUGGGUUCCCCUUUCCCGUUGGGUCUAAAUCCAAAAUGUAUCCAAAUGGGGGCAGUGGAGAAUAUUUUUUCACACCAGAUCACUCCUUUUCUUCUCCGUCUCUCUUAUCUAACUAAAAGGUGGAAGAGAUCACGUGUUAUCACCCCAAAAGUUAGUAAGCUAUAUGAUCCUCAUGCCAAGAGAAGUGUAAUCUGAUUUCCUCACUCACGUUGUUGUGAUGUGAUUUAGCAAAAAUUGCCAAUUUAAAAAAGUUUUAAAACAGUUUAGAACGCAAAAGAGUACAAACGGUUCUAAAAGGUAUUGAAAAACCAGACCGGUACCGUCAAAUAUCUCGGUUUAUAGUGUAUACGGUGUCGUGACUUUCAUUAUUGUGAUGACUUAUUUAUAGAAUAAUUACCUACUAUGUUUAAUUGUUACUAGAUUAAAUUAAUCAUGUAACAAUUAACUCAUUAGGAAUUUGGGGCACCAUUUCCCGAAUUAACUCUAAAGAUAUCUAGAUACAGUGAGGGAAAAAAGUUUUUGAUCCCCUGCUGAUUUUGUACGUUUGCCACUGACAAAGACAUGAUCAGUCUAUCAUUUUAAUGGUAGGUUUAUAUGAACAGUGAGAGACAGAAUAACAACAAAAAAAUCCAGAAAAACGCAUGUCAAAAAUGUUAUACAUUAAUUUGCAUUUUAAUGAGGGAAAUAAGUAUUUGACCCCUCUGCAAAACAUGACUUAGUACUUGGUGGCAAAACCCUUGUUGGCAAUCACAGAGUUCAGACGUUUCUUGUAGUUGGCCACCAGGUUUGCACACAUCUCAGGAGGGAUUUUGUCCCACUCCUCUUUGCAGAUCUUCUCCAAGUCAUUAAGGUUUCGAGCGUGACGUUUGGCAACUCGAACCUUCAGCUCCCUCCACAGAUUUUCUAUGGGAUUAAGGUCUGGAGACUGGCUAGGCCACUCCAGGACCUUAAUGUGCUUCUUCUUGAGCCACUCCUUCGUUGCCUUGGCCGUGUGAUUUGGGUCAUUGUCAUGCUGGAAUACCCAUCCACGACCCAUUUUCAAUGCCCUGGCUGAGGGAAGGAGGUUCUCACCCAAGAUUUGACGGUACAUGGCCCCGUCCAUCGUCCCUUUGAUGCGGUGAAGUUGUCCUGUCCCCUUAGCAGAAAAACACCCCCAAAGCAUAAUGUUUCCACCUCCAUGUUUGACGGUGGAGAUGGUGUUCUUUGGGUCAUAGGCAGCAUUCCUCCUCCUCCAAACACAGCGAGUUGAGUUGAUGCCAAAGAGCUCGAUUUUGGUCUCAUCUGACCACAACACUUUCACCCAGUUCUCCUCUGAAUCAUUCAGAUGUUCAUUGGCAAACUUCAGACGGGCAUGUAUAUGUGCUUUCUUGAGCAGGGGGACCUUGCGGGCGCUGCAGGAUUUCAGUCCUUCACGGCGUAGUGUGUUACCAACUGUUUUCUUGGUGACUAUGGUCCCAGCUGCCUUGAGAUCAUUGACAAGAUCCUCCUGUGUAGUUCUGGGCUGAUUCCUCACCGUUCUCAUGAUCAUUGCAACUCCACGAGGUGAGAUCUUGCAUGGAGCCCCAGGCCGAGGGAGAUUGACAGAUCUUUUGUGUUUCUUCCAUUUGCGAAUAAUCGCACCAACUGUUGUCACCUUCUCACCAAGCUGCUUGGCGAUGGUCUUGUAGCCCAUUCCAGCCUUGUGUAGUUCUACAAUCUUAUCCCUGACAUCCUUGGAGAGCUCUUUGGUCUUGGCCAUGGUGGAGAGUUUGGAAUCUGAUUGAUUGCUUCUGUGGACAGGUGUCUUUCAUACAGGUAACAAGCUGAGAUUAGGAGCACUCCUAAUCUCAGCUCGUUAUCUGUAUAAAAGACACCUGGGAGCCAGAAAUCUUUCUGCUUGAGAGGGGGUCAAAUACUUAUUUCCCUCAUUAAAAUGCAAAUCAAUUUAUAACAUUUUUGACAUGCGUUUUUCUGGAUUUCUUUGGUGUUAUUCUGUCUCUCACUGUUCAAAUAAACCUACCAUUAAAAUUGUAGACUGAUCAUUUCUUUGUCAGUGGGCAAACGUACAAAAUGAGCAGGGGAUCAAAAACUUUUUUCCCUCACUGUAUCUCUUAUCAUUUAACAGUAAUUUAUUACUCAUUUACCUCAUAUCAGUCUCAUUCUGAAAGUCGUAGACUCUAAGUCUGCACGAACCAGGGUCUUGCUGAUCAUUCCGUACCACACAAAUUGAUUUAAUUAUUUAUUUACUAACUAAUUAAAAAUGAUAACACAAGAUACAAACAAGUACACGGUAUAGGUAGGAAUUAGAAACUUAAUACAAUGAAAACGGGUCCCUAGCGGACUAACACAAUAUGACACUUGUUACAAAAGAUGGCGAGUUAAAGAGAGAGAGAGAGAGAAAAAACACUUGGAUACACAUGGACCUAUGCUCACCGUAAUCCUAAUACUUUGCCCCGAACUGCCGCCCAUUUGGGAUGAAAAGCAGUGCAUGUAUUUACGUGUUGGAGGUCUUCGUCGUGUAUCUCUGUUGGAUCCAGGCCUUCGUGGGAAGGGGAUGGUUGGGCCUUCUCUUUUAGAUGUAAGGCUCAGAUUCAGGUCACAAUUUCCUUCUACUUAGAUGUCUGUUUACUUUCACUCGUUCUGGAAGUGGUCUUCUGAGGACGGCUAAUCAGCUGUGUCGAUGAUCCCCUGUGGGGUGAUUAGAGCAGUGUAGUAGACGAUGGCUUGAAUAGAGUAACAGGAUGGUCCCACUUAAAUUCACCUUCUUAGAUACAGUACUUAGAACAGCUACUCAGCCGUAAGGUAACUUUGUCGUCUUCACCUUGUGUUGAUUUUCAGGGUCGGGACCAAUAUGGACAAAAGCUGCAGCUUUUUUUAAUCUCAAUCUUUUAUGCACUCUGGUAAAGAGGGGCGUUUCCGUCAUACUGACACACUCUCUGAGCUCCCUCGGGCGUGGCUAGUUACGAGGCAAAAGUAUUAUCAUCAGUAUGAUUUUGUUAGAAAGCUAAAAUCACAUUCCUAUCUUCACGAAAACAUUGUCUUCCUCCUUGAUAUUUUCUACACAAAGUUAAAGGAUGUAAACCUGAUAUACACAGUGUAAAAGCUCUUCAAGUCACAAUGUUUUUGGUAUAACGCCUUUGUACCAUUUUUAAUGACAUCACAAAAUAGACAGUAAUUUUCCAUAUUCCAUUUCUCAUCAUUCCCAACGUUUGGAUAUUGAAAUAUAUUGUCAUAAUGUUCAUUGUUGGAUGUUGAAGUUUUUGGGCGGCAAAAAGUCUCUGAAACAAAGGCAUCCCUUUCACCAUACUAGAGUGCCAGAGAUAGAUUCUCCUCUCUAAUUUAUGGCAGUAUUAAGGUGUCAAGACCGGCACAGCCCUCCUGUGUGUAAGAGGGUCUGGUUGUUGCCAUUUGCCGAGCUGAUGUGAGGCCUUUGAACCUCACCCAGGGAGAGUCAUGACAACGGUAUGCCACUCAAGCCUAGGUGGCAUAGUGAAAACCUUCCUCUCUGUCUCACGCAAGGGGCAUAGGCCUAAUUGAAUUGUUCAGUGAAAUCAGCUUGGAGUAAAAUGCUGCCCCAGGGGAGCACAGCACACCUCCAGCCCAGCCUUCUCACGGGUGACCCGGGGUUAAUCUAGUUGAUCAUGGCUACAGGUAAAUCCCACCUGUUUGCUUCAGGUCUCAGCUCUCCAGCCCUCUGUUCUGCUAAUCUAAUCUGGUUAAUAAUCUUCUCAGAUUAAAAGACUGAGUAAAUCUUUGCUGUGGGCCAUGUGAUCAGUCUCUCGCCAUGGUGCUUACUAAGAAGAAUAGACUGCCUGCUGCAGCCUAUGUCCCAAAUGGCACCCUAUUCCCUAUAUACGGUACUGAACUACUUUUGACCAGGGCUCAUACUGCACUGUCUUGCUGACAGUACACAAUACAAUAACAUCAUUGGGGAGCCUGACCUUCAAAUCCUGUUUAAAAUAAAUUAGCAAGUUGGCCUUGCCUUGCUUUCUUAUGAAUUGUAGAAAUGUACAAUCCCCCAUGUUUGUCUCAGUGUGUGUGUGUGUGUGUGUGUGUGUGUGUGUGUGUGUGUGUGUGUGUGUGUGUGUGUGUGUGUGUGUGUGUGUGUGUCUCAGCUGGCUUGCUUUGCCUCCGUGUGAGAUUCAGAGUCGGCCAUUAGGUGUCACCCUGCCCCUCAGUUUCCACGGAACUGUGUUUAAUGCAAGGCAUUGAUCAGCUGUAUGGCUUUGUCCUGUCUCUAGUCAUUAAUGACUUGUACCUUUCUGUGUUUGCGACUGAAAUAUUAAAAUGGAUUUGAUUUAGGUGGUGUAGGUCUAUUUGAAAUACCCGUUUCCUCAUGUUGUAGACCUAGUCUGAGUCCCAAGUGGCACCUGAUUCCCUAUAUAGUGCACUACUUUUGACCAGGGCCCAUGUAGGUAAAAGGGUGUCAUUUGAGACACAGCCGCAGCUCUUGAUUUACCCUUUUCUGUUUAUUACCAUUACUAUUAUUACCAUUAUUACCAUUGUAUAGUCUCCUGAGUGGCGCAGUGGUCUAAGGCACUGCAUCACAGUGCUAACUGUGCCACUAGAGAUCCUGGUUCGAAUCCAGGCUCUGUCGCAGCCGGCCGUGACCGGGAGACUCAUGGGCGGCGCACAAUUGGCCCAGUGUCGUCCAGGGUAGGGGAGGGAAUGGCUGGCAGGGAUGUAGCUCAAUUGAUAGAGCAUGGCGUUUGCAACACCAGGGUUGUGGGUUCGUUUCCCACGGGGGGGCAGUAUAAAAAAAAAAUAUAUGUAUUCACUAACUGUAAGUCGCUCUGGAUAAGAGCGUCUGCUAAAUGACUAAAAUGUAAAUGUAAAAUAAGCAUGAUGUUACACUGACCACUUGAAAAAGAAAAGGAGAGCCGCACACUUUAGGAGCUCAGAUGCAAUAAUUUAAUAACCUAAAAACCAACGUUUCGACAGACAAUCUGUCUUCAUCAGGGUAUAAUGACAAACACUGCGGGUCACUAGUUUAUAUAGUGUCAAAGGACACACACAGGUGUCUGUAAUCAUGGCCGGGUGUGGCCUGAUAUCAUUGGUUAAUUCACAGAUAAACAGCUCAUCCUCUCCAUGACAGAUGCAGGAGGGAGGCUGCUAACUUCUAUCCACUCCCGUCUGACCAACGCUGUACAACCAGCGCCUCAUCCGCUACCAGUGGCAGUUUUAUAUUCAACGAGAGACUGGGCCGACGGAAGCGUGGAGGUGGCUGCGGUCACGCGUACCGACGAGAUGCCGUACACGAAGGUGUAAGAAGAAACGACUACCAGAGGCAGAGGGGACCUUUCACACGGUCCCAGAACCCACGGGACUGUGUCUUUAAUUUAUCAAGCAAGAUAUUGAGUCCUGCCCAUGUCUCCUUGCUAAAUAAAGGGUUUAUAUUUUGUGCCUACAACUCAGUGCAACGAUUUCGAUGUUAAGGUAGACAAGUUUUUUAGAAACAUCUGUUUAAGGGAAUACUUUAGCUCCCCUAAUCAUGAUAUUUCAACUGAACAUGUAGGUGGCUCACCCGCACAUACUCCUAGUCCUUUCAGAAGUAAGUUAUUUUGUACCUCCAGCCAAUCACAAUCACUCUAUUGAGACAUAUUGCAGACUCGCUGAAAAAGAUGUUGGUAAUCUCCUUAAGAACAGGAGUACAUAUCUUUCCAUAAUUUACCUAAGGAUGAAAAACAAGCUUUGCUUGAUUUACAAUCCGAUACGUCAGUCCUUACCCACCCUGCUGAUAAGGGUGGGUCGGUUGUACUCAUGAGGACAGUUUAUGUAAAUGAGUGUCAUAGACAACUGCUUGACAACUCCUUUUACAAGAAACUCAUAAGUGACCCCACUUCCCAAUUUCAGAACACUAUCUUUACUGUCCUAGAUGGGUAUUUAAGUUCUGGUCAUAUCACCAAAAAAGAACACGACUUGUUGGCUAUUCAACACCCUAUAAUUGCCACUUUCUAUACUUUGCCGAAAUUACACAAGAAUGUUACAAAACCUCCAGGGCGCCCUAGCGGGCAUUGAUGCAGUAACAGCCCCUUUAUCGACCUUUGUUUACUUUUUUAUUAGACCUCUCGCAGAACAUCUCCCCUCCUUUGUAAAGGACACCAGCAGUAUGAUCUCUAUUGUUGAAUCUCUUGAUCCUCUCCCUGAUAUUACCUUGUUAGUUACUUUUGAUGUUGAGUCGUUAUACACAAACAUUCCACACAAGGGCGGUAUUGAGGCCAUGGAACAUUUUCUUCUGCAACGUGACCCAAAUGAACUACCUUCCAGUGCAUGCAUUAUAACAUUGGCUGAAAUAGUACUCACACACAACUACUUAAUGUUUCUAAAUGAUUUCUUUAUUCAGACGAAGGGUACUGCUAUGGGAUCCCCUAUGGCUCCUAACUAUGCUAAUUUGUAUGUGGGUUAAAUGGAGAAACAGUCAAAAAUGUUUUCUUGCCUAACAUUAUUAUUUGGAAACGGUACAUUGAUGAUAUUUUUGUUCUAUGGAGGGGUGAUUCAAUACAGCUCCAGGCAUUCCAUGCUUUUCUUAACUCUUGUUCUGAGCACCUGAGAUUUACUAUGCAAUUUGACACACAUCAAAUCAGUUUCCUUGAUCUUCUGAUUUUGUGUGAUGUUAAGUUGCGUCAAUUCAAAUCUGGUAUUAGGAACAAAGGAGGUCAAUACACGUCUUCUAAAAUAGACUAGUAAUUUAAUUAAUGCAAAACCUUCAAUGGUAAAUAUGAUGUCCAUAUAUACGGGUCCACUGAAAUACCACGCAGGGCACUCAGAGAACUGAUCCAUUGUUCUUCUUCAAAUACUCUGACAGAGAUAGUUCCCGCUCCUUGCUGGGCCUAUCAGGGUAGAGACUGAGCGUGGUUUAGACUUACUCAGCCAAUCGUUGGCGCACAGGCUGGUCCCAGACCCUUGGCGCUUCACUGUUGCACACUGUUGCCAGGCAUAAGUUGUUAUCGUCACAACUUGUAGAGUCAGCACCCAUAGACACUGUUCCCCUGUACUCUUUGUACCUACGUCCUUGGACGGUUCACAGAUCACAAAGAGGCAGUGUUCGUGUAUGUGAGACACAAGUUCUUAUCUCCCCCUACUCCCUAAAACAGCUCCUCACAUUAAUCACAGCUUGUUAGGUUAAACAAUUUAUAACAGUACAGAACAAACCUUUUAUGUUUAAUCAUUAAUGCAUUCUUUCUAAGCUAGGCAUCACAUCUAGAUCCCCACAGUGAGGAGAAUGUUCUAUACACUGAUCUUUACAGGAAACCUACUGAUGGUAACAGUUAGUUGAGGGCUGAUAGUUGUCACCCACUUCCCUUGAAAAACAGUUUGCCCUACAGCCAAUUCUGUCGAAUCAAAAGAAUUUGCAAAAACCUAUUAGAUUUUGGCAGAAAUAUGGCUGAGACGCAAAGAAAAUUCAAGGAGAGGGGGUACAAAAAUCGUCAGAUUAAUACUGCCGUUUAGAAAAUUCUAAACAAAUCGAGACCUGAUCUCUUUCAAGGACAGUCUCACAAAAAGAAGCAUUCUUGCGUUCUAACUACACGCGAUUCAAAGUGCUCUGAACAAAUUAAGGGAAUCGUUCACAAACAUUGGCACAUUCUAAGAUCCGAUGACAGUAUCGGUAAUGUGUUUUCGGACCCUCCCUUGGUCGUAUUCUCGCGGGCAGAAAUCUCAGAGAUCAAUUGGUAAACUCUGAUUUACCACCCCUAAACAUCCCUGCACAACAUCUAUUUGCACCUCUACCGGAUGGAAACUACAAGUGUAAUGGCUGCGCUCAAUGCAAUGGCACUUACAAAUGUAGAUCCUUCAAACACCCCCAAACACAGGGAAACAGAUCCCAAUCAAAGGUGUUAUUAUGAGCUCCACUAAGGCAUUUAUUUAUCUUAUACAGUGAGGGAAAAAAGUAUUUAGUCAGCCACCAAUUGUGCAAGUUCUCCCACUUAAAAAGAUGAGAGAGGCCUGUAAUUUUCAUCAUAGGUACACGUCAACUAUGACAGACAAAUUGAGAAUUUUUUUUCCAGAAAAUCACAUUGUAGGAUUUUUAAUGAAUUUAUUUGCAAAUUAUGGUGGAAAAUAAGUAUUUGGUCACCUAAAAACAAGCAAGAUUUCUGGCUCUCACAGACCUGUAACUUCUUCUUUAAGAGGCACCUCUGUCCUCCACUCGUUACCUGUAUUUAUGGCACCUGUUUGAACUUGUUAUCAGUAUAAAAGACACCUGUCCACAACCUCAAACAGUCACACUCCAAACUCCACUAUGGCCAAGACCAAAGAGCUGUCAAAGGACACCAGAAACAAAAUUGUAGACCUGCACCAGGCUGGGAAGACUGAAUCUGCAAUAGGUAAGCAGCUUGGUUUGAAGAAAUCAACUGUGGGAGCAAUUAUUAGGAAAUGGAAGACAUACAAGACCACUGAUAAUCUCCCUCGAUCUGGGGCUCCACGCAAGAUCUCACCCCGUGGGGUCAAAAUGAUCACAAGAACGGUGAGCAAAAAUCCCAGAACCACACGGGGGGACCUAGUGAAUGACCUGCAGAGAGCUGGGACCAAAGUAACAAAGCCUACCAUCAGUAACACACUACGCCGCCAGGGACUCAAAUCCUGCAGUGCCAGACGUGUCCCCCUGCUUAAGCCAGUACAUGUCCAGGCCCGUCUGAAGUUUGCUAGAGUGCAUUUGGAUGAUCCAGAAGAGGAUUGGGAGAAUGUCAUAUGGUCAGAUGAAACCAAAAUAGAACUUUUUGGUAAAAACUCAACUCGUCGUGUUUGGAGGACAAAGAAUGCUGAGUUGCAUCCAAAGAACACCAUACCUACUGUGAAGCAUGGGGGUGGAAACAUCAUGCUUUGGGGCUGUUUUUCUGCAAAGGGACCAGGACGACUGAUCUGUGUAAAGGAAAGAAUGAAAUGGGGCCAUGUAUCGUGAGAUUUUGAGUGAAAACCUCCUUCCAUCAGCAAGGGCAUUGAAGAUGAAACGUGGCUGGGUCUUUCAGCAUGACAAUGAUCCCAAACACACCGCCCGGGCAACGAAGGAGUGGCUUCGUAAGAAGCAUUUCAAGGUCCUGGAGUGGCCUAGCCAGUCUCCAGAUCUCAACCCCAUAGAAAAUCUUUGGAGGGAGUUGAAAGUCCGUGUUGCCCAGCGACAGCCCCAAAACAUCACUGCUCUAGAGGAGAUCUGCAUGGAGGAAUGGGCCAAAAUACCAGCAACAGUGUGUGAAAACCUUGUGAAGACUUACAGAAAACGUUUGACCUGUGUCAUUGCCAACAAAGGGUAUAUAACAAAGUAUUGAGAAACUUUUGUUAUUGACCAAAUACUUAUUUUCCACCAUAAUUUGCAAAUAAAUUCAUUAAAAAUCCUACAAUGUGAUUUUCUGGAUUUUUUUUUCUCAUUUUGUCUGUCAUAGUUGACGUGUACCUAUGAUGAAAAUUACAGGCCUCUCUCCCUUUUUCCCCACUCUAACUUGUCCUUGUGGUAAACAUUAUGUGGGUAAAACAAAGUGCGAAUUAAAAGUACGAAUCUCGGAGCGUCGUAGCACCAUUAGGGUCAAAAACUCUGCAUACCCAGUCGCGGCCCACUUUUUUGAAACGAACCACUCGAUUUCGUCCCUACUUUAUAAUAUCGGCAUCGAACAUGUCACCCUCCCUAGGAGAGGGGGUGACCUCGACAACUUAUUAUUAAAACGAGAGGCUGCCUGGAUCUUUAAUUUAAAGACCCUUGCUCCCUUCGGUCUCAACGUUGACUUUGAUUUGAAGCCAUUCUUGUGAUUAUUGUGAUUUUCCUAUUCAUUGUAAAUGUUUGUGGGCCUAUGUAGCCAAGUUGUAUCUAUGAUCGUAUGCUAUAUAUUCAUGUUUUUUGUAUGUUCUGUUUAUCUGUGAAUUAACCAAUGAUAUCAGGCCACACCCGGCCAUGAUUACAGACACCUGUGUGUGUCCUUUGACACUAUGUAAACUAGUGACCCGAUGAAGACAGCUUGUCUGUCGAAACGUUGGUUAUUAGGUUAUUAAAUGAUUGCAUCUGAGCUCCUAGAUUGUGCGGCUCUCCUUUUCUUUUUAAGUGUUCUACUCCGUUAGCCAGCACUUCACCUAAAUAGGUGUGCGUUUCUUUCGCCUUUAUAUUAAUCUGUUACACUGACCACCCCAUAUCUUAGGCCUCACUCCCCCGUAUCUGAGAUACCUACUGCAGCCCUCCUCCUCCACAUACAAGACCCGUUCUGCCAGUCACAUUCUGUUAAAGGUCCCCAAAGCACACACAUCCCUGGGUCGCUCCUCUUUCCAGUUCGCUGCAGCUAGCGACUGGAACGAGCUGCAAAAAACACUCAAACUGGACAGUUUUAUCUCCAUCUCUUCAUUCAAAGACUCAAUCAUGGACACUUACUGACAGUUGUUGUCUCUACCUUCUUGCCCUUUGUGCUGUUGUCUGUGCCCAAUAAUGUUUGUACCAUGUCUUGUGCUGCUACCAUGUUGUGCUGCUGCCAUGUUGUGUUGCUACCAUGUUGUUUUCAUGUUUGGUUGCUACCUUGCUGUGUUGUCGUGUGUUGCUGCCAUGCUAUGUUGUUGUCUUAGGUCUUUAUGUAGUGUUGUGUUGUCUCUCUUGUUGUGAUGUGUGUUUGAUCAUAUAUAUAUAUAUAUAUAUAUAUAUAUAUAUAUAUAUAUAUUUAUUUUUUUAUCCCAGCCCCCGUCCCCGCAGGAGGCCUUUUGCUUUUUGGUAGGCCGUCAUUGUAAAUAAGAAUUUGUUCUUAACUGACUUGCCUAGUUAAAUAAAGGUUAAAUAAAAAGAAAAGUAAUAUGUCCUAUGUUUUAUGACCUUUAUGUUUGUGGACGGGGUAUUCUGAGCGCAUGAGUCAUGAGUCUCCAUGGAAUUAGAAGGUGCUGAAAGAUGUGUACCUGACCUUGAGACUGUGAUAAAGAUCACAAAUGUAGCAGAAUCAAAGGAGGCGGAGAAACUUAAUGAAUACAUCUCUGUCUGGCCUUUUCAAUUCUCCACGCCCUCUGGGUAAUGUCUGUGAGAAAUGUUUGUGUGUGGGUGUGUGCCCUGAAUGCCAUUGUGGGUGUGUGUGUGUGUGUGGGGGGGGGGGGGGGGGGGUGUAUUUGUGUGUGUCCUCUGUGUGUGUCCUCUCUGUGUGUGCACGCCUGCGUGCGCUCUUGGCUGGGCAAAUUAAAUAUUCAUGGUGGCGGGGGAUUGGCUGCUGAGAGAGGAGCGGGCUGUCGGAGAGGAGCAAGUCUGUUUUAAGGCAGGCAGUGCUCUGCUCUCUCACUCGGUAUAAACACAGACGAGCAGGCAACAGUAGCCCAGUAUUCCAGUGUCUCGGUCAGAGCUCAGACACACACAAGCCCACACUAACGCUCACAGAAACACACACACACACACACACACACAGGGGAGAUAACAGAGAGAAGAAACCGGCUAACGCCACAGCUGCCUCACCCAGAUGGCGGGGAACCGUGAAGGGGAGCAUGUGCUGACGGUAGGUCUACUCUGCUCUUAUAACAUGAGUGUGUUUGGUUUUGUGUGUGUGUGUCAUCUCCAUCUCUGACAUUGUCUUGCUGUACCGUAGAAUAGUGGUCGUGGUUGCAGAAUAGAAUAGAGGGUGUUCUAUUGGAUGUAUCAGAGGGGAAGAUAGAGGGCGAUAAUGUGGGAAGGGGAGAGUCCCUGCCUUCCUCUUAGAAAGGAAGUGAUCCUUCCCGCUCUUCACUAGUACUAAGGAGCCGGAAUGGAGAAAAGGAGACAGGAACAGAUAUGGCUGCUUUAAAGAGGAAGACCAGGAGAGAGAGAGGAGGAGCGUGAGAGAGGUGUAGAAGAGGAAAAUGCAGACUAGAGAGAAUUGAAUCAAAACUAAUCGGAGCAUGCUCCUUUGAUAAAUAUUUAUCAAUUUAUGGAUAAGAUGUUUGUGUAUCUAUUGAAUGGAAGUUGAUGUCAGUCACAUUGAGGGAAAGAUCAAAUGAUAGGCUAUUGAAAUAGCCUAGAUAAGGAGAGAAUGACAGGGAAGGGGGAAUAUGUAGACACCUGUGGAUACUAGGUUGUACAUUCAAGGAGAGGAAAAUGUGUUUUAGAGAGGAGUGGAAAUGGUUUCCAUUUCUGUGUAGCCUAUGCUUUAGCCUAUUUUCUGGGGGUGGGGGGCAUGCAAUUUGCUGCUGGCUCUGGUAUUGCGUUUGGCCUGUGUGUGACAGUGGAGAUACAACUCAGGGGACUGGCGUGUCUCUAGAGCUAUGCAACUCCUCACUGACGUCACCCCCCUGCCUGGAACAAGGCCCAGUAACAACAGCCUGGGAUAGAGGGAACCUGGCUGGCUCUGAAAUCACUCCUACUAUAAACCAGAAUCACACACUGAUUCAUUUCACAUUCACAGUGACAAGCACCAGGGUCCAAUGCGCAGUGGAUUUGAUUUAAAAUCGAAGUCCCCAUGUUAACAGAUAGGCUAUACAGUAACUGACCCUUCACAAACACACACACACACAAAUACUGUUCAUUGGUCUGACAUGAUAAGCAAAAUCAAAACCAUAUGGAUGAAAUUACGCCACACAAACUCAAAUGUACACAUAGCCUAUAGACUACUAUGCACGCACACACAGUCAUGGAUUUUUGGAUUACGGUAAUUGGCCAACCAAAUGACCGUGGUCUCCUUAAUAUAUUUUGGGGGGACGCAGAUUUUCUCCUCUCUUUAGCUCCUGACUGCAUGUGCUGCCACAGAAAUAGAAUGAAUAGAACGGUCGUCCCCAUUCAAGUCAAUAAUGGCAUAAUGGGUGGACUGGCGGCCAUUGCGAGUGUACCCAUAGGAGCAAAACAGGAAGUAAAAGCAGGAAGUGUACACAUCAAUAUGUGCUGUGAUUUGUUGAUUAAACUCAACUGACAUUACAAAAAAUAUGUUCCAUUGCAUGAGCCACAUCAGUUAAUAUCAUUUGAAUGAACAUUCUACAUUACCAUGGAAAGUAUUGGGCAACACUUUACCUGACACCCCAGCGUCAUAACAUGUUAUGACACGGUCAUAACCAUGUCAUAUAUCAUAACAGCUGACAUAACAGGUCUAAAUAUAUGUGUUAUGACAGGUUGUGACAUACACUACAUGACCAAAAGUAUGUGGACACCUGCUCGUCGAACACCUCAUUCCAAUAUCAUGGGCAUGAUAUUGCAGCUAUAACAGCCUCCACUCUUCUGGGAAGGCUUUCCACUAGAUGUUGGAACAUUGCUGCAGGGACUUGCUUACAUUCAGCCACAAGAGCAUUAGUGAAGUCGGGCACUGAUGUUGGGCGAUUAGGCCUGGCUCGCAGUCGGCAUUCCAAUUCAUCCCAAAGGUGUUCGAUGGAGUUGAGGUCAGGGCUCUGUGCAGGCCAGUCAAGUUCUUCCACACCGAUCUCGACAAACCAUUUCUGUAUGGACCUCACUUUGUGCAAGGGGGCAUUAUCAUGCUGAAAUAGGAAAGAGCCUUCCCCAAACUGUUGACACAAAGUUGGAAGCACAGAAUCGUCUAGAAUGUAAUUGUAUGCUGUAGCGUUAAGAUUUCCCUUCACUGGAACUAAGAGGCCUAGCCCGAACUAGGGCUGGGUGAUAUGGCCAAAAUAUAAUAUCACGGUAUAAUUAAAUAAAACGUCAUUCUAAGUACAUACAUUCUAAGUAAUCUUAAAUGGGUCUUUCUCCAUUCUGAUUGUUUUAUACUGUUCAAUUCAACCAAAAAUAAUUUUCAGCAUUUUCAUCCAUUUCUGCAUUUCCUGCACUCAUUUGAGAUCAUUUCCACAUUGCCACAUAGGGCUGCAUGAUAUGGUCAAUCAAUCUAGGCCAUAUUUUUUACUAAAUGUUGCAAUUGCGAUUUUACUUGUGAUUUAGAGCAAAACACUUGGGUGAACUGUUGGAAUCAUGGCAAUAUAAUUAUUAUUCAAAUUCUAUAGUUAGAAUAUAAUAGUGGGCACUUUGAAUACAGUGUUUGAUAUGACAACAAAUGAAAAUGCCAGGGAGGAGUUAUUGUGACAGGGUAGGAACCAAAGUGUUGACAAGUGUUUCCUAAUAAUCUUUGGCUACAUUGAAUGUUUUCUCUUAGCUACUUAAAACAGCUAACAUAUUCUUGCUUUGAGUAUUCCUCAAUGUAGGUGUAGGUCUACACUAUCACUGGUAUUAUCAGGCUGUAUAGCUAGUUAUGUUUGCUCUGACCCAGAACAUUUAUUAGGUAGCUAACAAUUAGUAUUAGCGGCAAACAAGAUUUAGGCCCAACUUGCUAAGAAAAGACAAACUAGCUGUUUGCAGAUGUAAGAAACACAAACUAUUAGUGUAAUUAUAGAACGCUAGUGGAUUUAUAUUAAGAAGCAAAGUGGAAACAGCAUCAUUGUCAUCAACAUUGUUGCAUGUGCUGCAUUGACCAUGCAGACUGAUCGCAAGUGUCUCAUGGUCGAGCAACAACAAAUGCGCUCCUUGAGUGACAGGGGGCGGGACUAGGUCGUGGGGUAAGCGGCAUGGAAAGAGAGAGAGUGGAGAGAUGACUCCAGUAUCGAAGUAAACUAUAAAAAUUGACGUUACACACGGCGUAUCACAUUUAACAAACCAAACAUUCAAAUACCGUUAUAGAAAGUAAAGUAAAAACGCAAACCGGUCCGUACCGCCCAGGCCUAGCCCGAACCAUGAAAAACAGCCCCAGACCAUUAGUCCUGCUCCACCAAACUUUACAGUUGGCACUAUGCAUUGGGGCCAGUAGAGUUCUCCUGACAUCCGCCAAAACCAGAUUCGUCCGUUGGACUGCCAGAUUCAUCACUCCAGAGAACGCGUUUUCACUGCUCCAUAGUCCAACUGCAGCAAGCUUUACACCACUUCAGCCGACGCUUGGCAUUGUGCAUGGUAAUCUUUGGCUUGUGUGAGGCUUUUCAGCCAUGGAAACCCAUUUCAUGAAGUUCCCGACGAACAGUUAUUGUGCUGACGUUGCUUCCAGAGAUAGUUUGGAACUCGGUAGUGAGUGUUGCAACCGAGGACAGACGAUUUUUACACACUUCGCGGCUGAGCCGGUGUUGCUCCUAGACAUUUCCACUUCACAAUAACAGCACUUACAGUUGACCGGGGCAGCUCUAGUAGGGCAGAAAUUUGAUAAGCUGACUUGUUGGAAAGGUGGCAUCCUAUGACGGUGCCACGGUUGAAAGUCACUGAGCUCUCCAGUAAGGCCAUUCUACUGCCAAUGUUUGUCAAUGGCGAUUGCAUGGCUGUGUGCUCUAUUUCAUACACCUGUCAGCAACGGGUGUGGCUGAAAUAGCCGAAUCCAGUCAUUUGAAGGGGUAUCCAUAUACUUUUGUGUAUAUUGCGUUAUUUUAUGGCUGGUUAUGACACCUACAUAAUAGUGUCGAAAUCCACCACACAAGGCAAAACAUUCCAUUACACCAGUGGUUCCCAAUCUUUUUUGGUUAAUGUACCAACCUUUUUUGGUUAAUGUACCAACCAGAACAUUUUGCUCUGCCCGGAGUACCCCUGAAGUACCCCCUCAUGAGCAUUUGACCAGUAAGCCUAUGGUCUCAUGAGUAUUCUCAAGUACCCCCUGUGGAUAGGCCUAGUACCCCUGGUUGGGAAACACUGCAUUACACCAUAGGCUACGUGUCAACAGUAUUUUUAUGUCAUACAGUGCAUUCGGAAAGUAUUCAGACCCCUUGACUUUUUCCACAGUUUGUUACGUUACAGUCUUAUUCUAAAAUUGAUUAAAUUGUUUUUCCCACUCAUCAAUCUACACACAAUACCCCAUAAUAACAAAAUGAAAACAGGUUAAAAAAAAGCAGGUUUUUAGAUUUUUUUGCUAAAGUAUUAAGAAUAAAAAACUUAAAUAACACAUUUACAUAAGUAUUCAGACCCUUUACUCAGUACUUUGUUAAAGCACCUUUGGCAGCGAUUACAGCCUCGAGUCUUCUUGGGUAUGACGCUACAAGCUUGGCACAUUCUUCUCUGCAGAUCCUCUCAAGCUCUGUCAGGUUGGAUGGGGAGCAUUGCUGCACAGCUAUUUUCAGGUCUCUCCAGAGAUGUUCGAUCCGGUUCAAGUCCGGGCUCUGGCUGGGCCACUCAAGGACAUUCAGAGACUUGUCCCGAAGCCACUCCUGCAUUGUCUUGGCUGUGUGCUUAGGGUCGUUGUCCUGUUGGAAGGUGAACCUUCGCCCCAGUCUGAGGUCCUGAGCGCUCUGGAGCAGGUUUUCAUCAAGGAUCUCUCUGUACUUUGCUCCGUUCAUCUUUCCCUCGAUCCUGACUAGUCUCCCAGUCCCUGCCGCUGAAGAACAUCCCCACAGCAUGAUGCUUCCACCACCAUCCUUCACCAUAUGGAUGGUGCCUGGUUUCCUCCAGACAUGACGCUUGGCAUUCAGGCCAAAGAGUUCUUGGUUUCAUUAGACCAGAGAAUCUUGUUUCUCAUGGUCUGAGAGUCCUUUAGGUGCCUUUUGGCAAACUCCAAGCGGGCUGUCAUGUGCCUUUUAGUGAGGAGUGGCUUCCGUCUGGCCACUCUACCAUUAAGGCCUGAUUGGUGGAGUGCUGCAGAGAUGGCUGUCCUUCUGGAAGGUUCUACCAUCUCCACAGAGGAACUCUAGAGCUCUGUCAGAGUGACCAUCAGGUUCUUGGUCACCUCCCUGACCAAGGCCCUUCUCCCACGAUGGCUCAGUUUGGCUGGGCGGCCAGCUCUAGGAAGAGUCUUGGUGGUUCCAAACUUCUUCCAUUUAAGAAUGAUGGAGGCCACUGUGUUCUUGGGGAUCUUCAAUGCUGCAGAACUGUUUUGGUACCCUUCCCCAGAUCUGUGCCUCGACACAAUUCUGUCUCCGAGCUCUAAGGACAAUUCCUUCGACCUUCGGCUUGGUUUUUGCUCUGACAUGCACUGUCAACCGUGAGAUCUUAUAUAGACAGGUGUGUGCCUUUCCAAAUCAUGUCCAAUCAAUUGAAUUUACCACAGGUGGACUCCAAUCAAGUUGUAGAAACACCUCAAUCAAUGGAAACAGGAUGCACCUGAGCUCAAUUUCGAGUCUCAUAGCAAAGGGUCUGAAUACUUAUGUAAAUAAGGUAUCAGUUUUUUAUUUUGAAUGAAUUUGAAAACAUUUAGAAAAACCUGUUUUCGCUUUGUCAUUAUGGGGUAUUGUGUGUAGAUUGCUGAGGAAAAUGUUUUAUUUAAUCGAUUUUAGAAUAAGGCUGUAACGUAACAAAAUGUGGAAAAAGUAAAGGGGUCUGAAUACUUUCAGAAGUCACUGUAAAGUGUUACCAAGUAUUGCAUCACAAUACCAGGCAGCCAAUGCAAGUGUACCCAUUGGUUUACCAGUCAAAUUGCCAGGGUUAGAGGUUCCAAGCCCGUUCUAUUCAUUCUAUUUAGUUGUGUGAUGCUGCUGCAUUGUGGGGGGCAUUGCCUAGGUAACCGAAGUGUCCUUUGCUAGUUUCUUGUUUCAGCAAGGAGCAACAAAGCAUCAUCACGUUGUUAAGAGCAUGUUACCGCAGAAACCGACUCAACUGCACGAAUGGCCCCCAUCCCGUCUUCAGUCAGCUGUUCGUUAUUUUUUUUAUUUUUUUUAAUACGGUUAUGAUGGUUAUUUAAUUUUCAUGGUGGUCUUCAUCCGUAACCGUCAGUUACACUGAUAUAUUGUAACACGCGCUGCUGUUGACAGUGACAGCUUUAGAUCCCAUGCUUCUUGUGUGUCAUUGCCUUGAGAACAGACACAUCAUAGAGUAUAUGAAUGAUUUACAUUUACAUUUACAUUUUAGUCAUUUAGCAGACGCUCUUAUCCAGAGCGACUUACAGGAGCAAUUAGGGUUAAGUGCCUUGCUCAAGGGCACAUUUACGUCAUUUAGCAGACGCUCUUAUCCAGAGCGACUUACAAAUUGGUGCAUUCACCCUAUAGCCAGUGGGAUAACCACUUUCCAAUUUUAUUUUAUUAUUUUUUUUUGGGGGGGGGGGGGGGGUAGAAGGAUUACUUUAUCCUAUCCCAGGUAUUCCUUAAAGAGGUGGGGUUUCAAAUGUCUCCGGAAGGUGGUGAGUGACUCCGCUGUCCUGGCGUCGUGAGGGAGCUUGUUCCACCAUUGGGGUGCCAGAGCAGCGAACAGUUUUGACUGGGCUGAGCGGGAACUAUGCUUCCGCAGAGGAAGGGGAGCCAGCAGGCCAGAGGUGGAUGAACGCAAUGCCCUCGUUUGGGUGUAGGGACUGAUCAGAGCCUGAAGGUAUGGAGGUGCCGUUCCCCUCACUGCUCCAUAGGCAAGCACCAUGGUCUUGUAACGGAUGCGAGCUUCAACUGGAAGCCAGUGGAGUGUGCGGAGGAGGGGGGUGACGUGAGAGAACUUGUGAAGGUUGAACACCAGACGGGCUGCGGCAUUCUGGAUGAGUUGUAGGGGUUUAAUGGCACAGGCAGGGAGCCCAGCCAACAGCGAGUUGCAGUAAUCCAGACGGGAGAUGACAAGUGCCUGGAUUAGGACCUGUGCCGCUUCCUGUGUAAGGCAGGGUCGUACUCUCCGAAUGUUGUAGAGCAUGAACCUGCAGGAUCGGGUCACCGCCUUGAUGUUAGCGGAGAACGACAGGGUGUUGUCCAGGGUCACGCCAAGGCUCUUCGCACUCUGGGAGGAGGACACAACAGAGUUGUCAACCGUGAUGGCGAGAUCAUGGAACGGGCAGUCCUUCCCCGGGAGGAAGAGCAGCUCCGUCUUGCCAGGGUUCAGCUUGAGGUGGUGAUCCGUCAUCCAUACUGAUAUGUCUGCCAGACAUGCAGAGAUGCGAUUCGCCACCUGGUUAUCAGAAGGGGGAAAGGAGAAGAUUAGUUGUGUAUCGUCAGCGUAGCAAUGAUAGGAGAGGCCAUGUGAGGAUAUGACAGAGCCAAGUGACUUGGUGUAUAGGGAGAAAAGGAGAGGGCCUAGAACUGAGCCCUGGGGGACACCAGUGGUGAGAGCACAUGGUGCGGAGACAGCUUCUCGCCACGCCACUUGGUAGGAGCGACCGGUCAGGUAGGACGCAAUCCAGGAGUGAGCCGCGCCGGAGAUGCCCAGCUCGGAGAGGGUGGAGAGGAGGAUCUGAUGGUUCACAGUAUCAAAGGCAGCAGACAGGUCUAGAAGGACAAGAGCAGAGGAGAGAGAGUUAGCUUUAGCAGUGCGGAGAGCCUCCGUGACACAGAGAAGAGCAGUCUCAGUUGAAUGACCAGUCCUGAAACCUGACUGGUUUGGAUCAAGAAGGUCAUUCUGAGAGAGAUAGCAAGAGAGUUGGCUAAAGACGGCACGCUCAAUAGUUUUGUAAAGAAAAGAAAGAAGGGAUACUGGUCUGUAGUUGUUGACAUCAGUGGGGUCGAGUGUUGGUUUUUUGAGAAGGGGUGCAACUCUCGCUCUCUUUUUUUUUUUUACUCUAGUCUUCUCUGGGAUGAGUGCACACAGAAACAAGCAGCGCCAUGUUAAGUGAUGCUGUUUUUAGACUGCAGGACCCUAGUCCCCCAAAAAUCAUAUUAGUCUCUAGUUCUCUACGGGGAUCCAGUAUUUUGGGUUCAAUAGAUAGGUCUAUCACCUUUUUAUGUCUGGCUGGUGAACGUAGCAUGUAGCUGCUCUAGUGUGAUGACUGAUGUCUGAGUGAUUUUGCGUGAUAUUAUGUAAACUAUGGCGUGCUCUUGGAAGGUGGGUGCACUUAGGUCACAUGGGCUAGCUAUGGGGUAGAGGAUGAGAUUACCUUGCCUCUUUGUUAUUGCCAGCUUUGCCCCCACCCCUUGGCACCCCUUGGCCUGGAAUGAGCAGGGUUGGGAAUGGUUUAUCCCAAAUGAGACUCCAUGCAUGCCCCCCAUUCUGCUGCUCUCGCACUUCAGGUGACGUUAUGGCCCCUGGGUCGUGAGCCCCCCCAUUUAGAGCCCCCCUCCUCUCCCUCUCUGUUAGGGACAGUCAGGACCUUGCUGUCACCCCCGCCCCCCCUCCCCCAUGAAGUCACUGGGCUGGUGUAGCUGUGUUCUGUGGGUAAGUGGGCAUGACCAGCUGGCUCCUGGGGGGGGUUAUUUUGGACCGCUGUAGCCGCAGCAGCAGGUUGCAUAUUGUAUGUUGAAAUUGUUAUGAGCGGAACAAACCAGCUCUGGUUCUAAACACGUGUGCAUGAUUUAUCCACCCCAUGGACUCAACACAUGAAAUGCAUACCAAACACACGCUGCCUGACACACAUACAAUAAACAGCUUCACAUGCUCACAAACAUCAUGCUUCCAGAUUUCCGUAGGCACUAGGCCUAUUUUAAGAGGCUUUGAAGUGGUAAUGAACCUGGGAAUAAUCAGCAUUUCUCAGGUGUAAACAUUUCCCCGGCCGGCGUGACAAACUCUUGAAAUCGAUUAUGAAUGCUCUCGUGUGAGGGGCGAUAUGGAAACCCAAAGGCCAUACUAAUGGAUUAUGUAUGUGUGUACUGUCUGUUUACAUGUAGGCUAGCUGUGUGUGGUAAACAAGUGUUUAUCAAGACGCAUGUCACCUAUGCUGUGACAGAUAUGAAAAAUAACAUUUGUUCCAUUUUAAAUUUAGUUUACUCUUGUCAGACAGUUUGAUGUUAGGCAUUAUUCAUUUUGAGCUAGGCCUACUUUAGAUUUAAAAAGCAGUUUCACGUUCACAGCUUUGUGUUGGCAGUCCACAGACACACCCGCACACUGAUUAUCAGAGCUGACUAUUUUGACAAUCUCGUUUGUCUUUCAGACAAGUGUGUGUCAAAUCUAAUCUAAUUUUAUUGGCCACAUGCGCAGAAUACAACAGGUGCAGACAUUACAGUGAAAUGCUUACUUACAGCCCUUAACCAACAGUGCAUUUAUUUUUAAUAAAAAAAGUUAAAUAAAACAACAAAAAAGUGUUGAGAAAAAAAAGAGCAGAAGUAAAAUAAAAUAACAGUAGGGAGGCUAUAUAUACAGGGGGGUACCGGUGCAGAGUCAAUGUGCGGGGGCACCGGCUAGUUGAGGUAGUUGAAGUAAUAUGUACAUGUGGGUAGAGUUAGUGACUAUGCAUAAAUAAUUAACAGAGUAGCAGCAGCGUAAAAAGAUGGGGUGGGGGGUGGGGGUGGGGGGCAGUGCAAAUAGUCUGGGUAGCCAUGAUUAGCUGUUCAGGAGUCUUAUGGCUUGUGGGUAGAAGCUGUUGAGAAGUCUUUAGGACCUAGACUUGGCACUCCGGUACCGCUUGCCGUGCGGUAGCAGAGAGAACAGUCUAUGACUAGGGUGGUUGGAGUCUUUGACAAUUUUGAGUGCCUUCCUCUGACACCGCCUGGUAUAGAGGUCCUGGAUGGCAGGAAGCUUGGCCCCAGUGAUGUACUGGGCUGUACGCACUACCCUCUGUAGUGCCUUGCGGUCGGAGGCCAAGCAGUUGCCAUACCAGGCGGUGAUGCAACCAGUCAGGAUGCUCUCGAUGGUGCAGCUGUAGAAGUUUUUGAGGAUCUGAGGACCCAUGCCAAAUCUUUUCAGUCUCCUGAGGGGGAAUAGGCUUUGUCAUGCCCCCUUCACGUGUGUGUGUGUGUGUGUGUGUGUGUGUGUGUGUGUGUGUGUGUGUGUGUGUGUGUGUGUGUGUGUAUGUGUAUGUAUCUCUGUAUAUGUAGUAGCUCAUGAGAUUGGAGGCUCAGUUCAAGAGGGGCUUGUAUGGUUCAGUGGAGAGAGGGGUCGGAGCAAAUGAGACCCCAAUGCCAGAGAGAUGUGCUCUGUGCAUAUCAUGUUCCUAUCCUCCCACUGUAUGUUUAACAUCCUCACCUAUUGAAUCAGCUCUCUCUGCUGACUAGCAGCAGUGCUUCUCAGUGAUUAGUGGGAUAUUUCAAUGCCUCCUCCAAUGGAGGAGCUGUUGCAUUUAAAGCCCUCAAAUGCACUAUCCUUUUAAUCACUUACCAACCAAGUACCAUAUAGGCCUUAGGGCUGGGCAAUAUGGCCAAAAUGUCAUAUCACUAUAUUUUUCACAUUUUUGAUGAUAUUUGAUAUUUUUGAAUUAUAAAAGUUAUACAUUUUCUUUGAGUUGUGCAUGACCCUAGGGUGGCAACACGUAAAUUAUAAGUGAUUUCAAUGGGCUUUCUCCAUUCUGAUUGUUUUAUGCUGUUCAAUCAAACUUCAACCAAAGGUGUAUCUCAUUUGAGAUAAUUUCCACACUGCCACGUAGGGCUGCAUGAUAUGGGCAAAAAAAUGGAGGCCUUAUUUUUUUACCAAAUAUUGCAAAUGCGAUUUGACUUGCAAUUUAGAUAAUAACUCUUGGGUGAACUGUUGGAAUCAUGGAAAUAGAAGGAUUAUUCCAAUUCUAAAGUUAGAAUGUAAUAGUGGGAACUUUGAAUACAGUUUGACAUGACAAUGAAUGAAAAAGCCGGGGAGGCGUUCAUAGAAUUAAGAAUUAGAAUACUAAUAGGAUCUCUUUGGAGGCGUUAUUGUUACAUGGUAGGAACCAAAGUUUUGGUCAGUGUUUCCCAGGGGAGUGGGACCCUAUAUUCUUUGGCUAUAUUAAAUGUUUUCUCUUACUUCAUGUAGCUAACAUAUUAAUGCUUUGCCUAUUCCUCUCUGAUUUAGAAGAUAUUGUUGCACAAACAACAUGCUGAUUUAGGCCUACAUUAGCACUGGUAUCAGGCUGUAUUAGCUAGCUACGUUUGCUCUGACUCAGUAAAAUUAUUAGCUAGCUAGCUAGCCAGCUAACUAGCGAUUAGCAUAAGUGGCUAACACGCCUACUUUAGCCACCAGUUGCUAAGAAAAGAUAAACUAGCUGUUGCUAGCUAAUUUGUCCUGGGAUAUAAACAUUUGGUUGUUAUUUUACCUGAAAUGCACAAGGUCCACAGAUAAAAGGGUAAAUCGAGUUUGUUUCUAGUAAUCUCUCCUCCUUCAGGCUUCUUUUUCUUCUUUGGACUUUAUAUGGAGGUUGGCAACCAACUUUAAGGUGUAUUACCACCACCGACUGGAGUGUGGACCUCAGUUCAUCUUUCAAUCACCCAUGUGGGUAUAUGCUCCUAAACACCAAUGAGGAGAUGGGAGAGGCGGGACUUGCAGCGCGUCAAGCUUCACAAAUAGAACCAAGUUCUAUUUUAGCGCCUGGCUACACAGACGCUCGUUGAUGCGCGCGAGCAGUGUGGUGUAAUGAUUGAGUAGCGUAUGUGUACAUUUAUUUUGCGACGCGAGCGGUGUGGUCAGCAUGUAUGCCAACAGAGCGCUGGUUCAUCCUGUGGUAUUUUUGCAUCGGUUAUGGCGAUAGUGUAACGUCCAUUUUUAUAAUUUACUCCGCUACUUGAGUCAUCUCUCUCCGCUCUCUCUCUCUCUCUCUCCAUGCUGCUUACCACACAAGACCUAGCCCCGCCCCCUGUCACUCAAGGAGUGCAUUUGUUGUUGCUCGUUACUUGCGUUCAGUAUGCAUGGUCAAUGCAGCACAUGCAACAAUGUUGAUGACAACGAUGCUGUUUCCACUUUGCGUCUUAAUAUAAAUCCACAAGCGUUCUACAAUUACACUUAGUUUGUUUCUUACAUCUGCAAACAGCUAGUUAGUCUUUUCUUAGCAAGUUGUCACUAAAUCGUGUUAGCCACUAAUGCUAAUCGCUACUUAGCUGGCUUAGUGUACUGAGUCAGCUAAGUAGUUCCCUAGGUCCCCUAGAAAACACUGACCAACACUUUGGUUCCUACCCUGUAACAAUAACUCCUCCCUGGCAUUAUAAUAAUUAUAAUAUAAUCAUUCCAUUUCCAUUAUUCCAACAGUUCACCCAAGUGUUUUUAUCUAAAUCGCAAGUCAAAUCGCAAUUGCACAUAAAAGAAGGCCUAGAUUUAUUGCCAAUAUCGUGCAAUAGGGUGGCAGUGUGGAAAUCAUCUCAAAUGAGUGCAAGAAGUGCAGAAAUGGAUGAAAAUGCAGAAAAAGGUUUUUAGUUGAAGUUUAAUUGAACAGUAUAAAACAAUCAAAAUGGAGAAAGACCCAAAUCACUUACAAUGUAUGUGUUGCCACCUUAGGGUCUUGCCCUACUCAUAAAGCAAAUAUAUAAUUUUUAUUAUUCCAAAACAUAAAAUACCGUCAUACUGUCAGAAAUUAGAAAAAGACUGUGAUAUGAUAUUUUGGCCAUAUCGCCCAGCCCUAUAUGGAGGUACAGGUAGGUCAAAAAUAGCCUCCUCUCCCAGUCACAAUACCUCAUGUGGGGCUGAAAUAGACACUGUGGUGGGGGCUGGCUGGGUGCUGGAGAGUUGAGAGACCUGUCUGUCCUCAUCGGGGGGCCAUAGGAAACAGUGGAGAAUGGUGUGAAACAUCACUAAUAAGGGCUAAGAGGCUUUGUAUUGGAGGAAGCAGAGUGAUGAGCUCUUAUUAAGUUUGGUUGGAUUCUGGUCACAUCGAGUGUAAUUACAGUUGGGGAAAGUAUUUAGUCAGCCACCAAUUGUGCAAGUUCUCCCACUUAAAAAGAUGAGAGAGGCCUGUAAUUUUCAUCAUAGGUACACGUCAACUAUGACAGACAAAUUGAGAAAAAAAAAUCCAAAAAAUCACAUUGUAGGAUUUUUAAUGAAUUUAUUUGCAAAUUAUGGUGGAAAAUAAGUAUUUGGUCACCUACAAACAAGCAAGAUUUCUGGCUCUCACAGACCUGUAACUUCUUCUUUAAGAGGCUCCUCUGUCCUCCACUCGUUACCUGUAUUAAUGGCACCUGUUUGAACUUGUUAUCAGUAUAAAAGACACCUGUCCACAACUUCAAACAGUCACACUCCAAACUCCACUAUGGCCAAGACCAAAGAGCUGUCAAAGGACACCAGAAACAAAAUUGUAGACCUGCACCAGGCUGGGAAGACUGAAUCUGCAAUAGGUAAGCAGCUUGGUUUGAAGAAAUCAACUGUGGGAGCAAUUAUUAGGAAAUGGAAGACAUACAAGACCACUGAUAAUCUCCCUCGAUCUGGGGCUCCACGCAAGAUCUCACCACGUGGGGUCAAAAUGAUCUCAAGAACGGUGAGCAAAAAUCCCAGAACCACACGGGGGGACCUAGUGAAUGACCUGCAGAGAGCUGGGACCAAAGUAACAAAGCCUACCAUCAGUAACACACUACGCCGCCAGGGACUCAAAUCCUGCAGUGCAAGACGUGUCCCCCUGCUUAAGCCAGUACAUGUCCAGGCCCGUCUGAAGUUUGCUAGAGUGCAUUUGGAUGAUCCAGAAGAGGAUUUGGAGAAUGUCAUAUGGUCAGAUGAAACCAAAAUAGAACAUUUUGGUAAAAACUCAACUCGUCGUGUUUGGAGGACAAAGAAUGCUGAGUUGCAUCCAAAGAACACCAUACCUACUGUUAAGCAUGGGGGUGGAAACAUCAUGCUUUGGGGCUGUUUUUCUGCAAAGGGACCAGGACGACUGAUCCGUGUAAAGGAAAGAAUGAAUGGGGCCAUGUAUCGUGAGAUUUUGAGUGAAAACCUCCUUCCAUCAGCAAGGGCAUUGAAGAUGAAAUGUGGCUGGGUCUUUCAGCAUGACAAUGAUCCCAAACACACCGCCCGGGCAACGAAGGAGUGGCUUCGUAAGAAGCAUUUCAAGGUCCUGGAGUGGCCUAGCCAGUCUCCAGAUCUCAACCCCAUAGAAAAUCUUUGGAGGGAGUUGAAAGUCCGUGUUGCCCAGCGACAGCCCCAAAACAUCACUGCUCUAGAGGAGAUCUGCAUGGAGGAAUGGGCCAAAAUACCAGCAACAGUGUGUGAAAACCUUGUGAACACUUACAGAAAACGUUUGACCUGUGUCAUUGCCAACAAAGGGUAUAUAACAAAGUAUUGAGAAACUUUUGUUGUUGACCAAAUACUUAUUUUCCACCAUAAUUUGCAAAUAAAUUCAUUAAAAAUCCUACAAUGUGAUUUUCUGGAAAACAAAUUCUCAUUUUGUCUGUCAUUGUUGACGUGUACCUAUGAUGAAAAUUACAGGCCUCUCUCAUCUUUUUAAGUGGGAGAACUUGCACAAUUGGUGGCUGACUAAAUACUUUUUUCCCCCACUGUAUUAGACAAGGCCUAUUAUGUGUUGUGGUUCUGCCCUGCUUUUCAGGGCUGAGCGUCUAGCACUGAUUAAAAAAAACACUGUUUUUAAUUGGACUUUGGGAUCAAAAGGUUGUCACUAUGAAGUGUGAACAUUUGUGUUAGACUGUUGCAACAAGGCGUGAAUAAUUAAUACAUGUUGAAAGGGUGUAAACGGUCCUCUAGUCUAGUGCUCUGAUGUGUUGCCACAAUCAUGACUAUUAGGCUAUUUAAUUUAAUUGGGCUCAUAGUAUUGCUUUAUUUAUGGCGUUUCAGUGUAACCCUAGCAUGUCACAGACAUCUUGGUGAUAAAUGUAUUUUCCAAAGCAACCUUAGUAAAACGUAAAGAUGUUCCGCUGCAUUAUAGUUCAGGGCCCACAAACAUUUUUGAGGAACAGAAUCAGAACCGGGAACAAAAGUGAUCUAUACUGUUCCGUAACAGAACCUGUAUUUUCUUAAAGCAUGGGAACCGGUUAAUAACUUUAUUUUACGUUCCGGGCAUUUUUUUCAGUCCCACAAAAAAUGCAACAAAGCGCCUAUGCAAAGCCUUAACUCUAUCACUCAGAAACUUUUUCCAGUGUUUGCCUGCCAACUGAAAAUCUUUGCCAGUGUGUGUGUGUGCGUGUGUAGGCUACCUGCCCCUCCCCCUCCGAAGCAUAGGCUACUGUAGCCUACUAACGUUACAAGCGUGAUUCAGAAAUUAGGGAGAGUUUUUAAUUACAGAAGAAUGGAUUAACUUUUUCAAUGCUAGUUAAGGAUACUAUAGUUACCAUGUUUCACAUUGGAUUUAUUAACUACAAAAAGGUAAGACGUGUUUUUAAUUCUGGUGCCACUCUGCACACACAAGCUUGUUAGCUAGCUAGCUAGCUACGUCUAGUCCAACGUUAAGCCAACUCUCUGAAGUUCAAAGACAUUCAAAGUUCCUCCAUAGAACCGAUCCGCCGUAGGUACAAUUCUGUGGGCCUAAUUCAGAUAAUACAUGUCAUAACAAGAUACCCAGCGCUUCAAGCCUCCCCACCCUCUCUUGCUUUCUCCCCACCCGCCAAAAACCAGAUCAUAUCUCACGCCCUACUCUUGUCUGUCCAUCUCGCAUGUAAACAACUAUAGCUUGCACACUCCUAAGCUGCUCUAUCCGCAUUGAUUGGUGAAGUAAUUAAAUGUCGAGCUAAAUGUAAUAAUGUUUUCUUUCAGAGGUUUAAAAAGGAACAGAAAGGAAUUAUAUAAACCGGUACUUUUUGGGGGGUUCGAAACAGAUCUGAACUUGGAAUAGUGGAACGGAACGAAAGUUCAGAACGAAACAAUUGGAAUAUAAUUACCAUUCCAACCCCUGCAUAGACCUAUAUAUUUCAGUUAUAUUAAAAAUCAAUUUCAUGUUCAUUCAAUUGAGUUAAAUUUAGCUAUUUGUAUGCUACUGAAUAGGGAAUAGUUACAGGGGAAAGGAGCUGGUAUGAAUGAGCCAAUUGGAAGCUGGGAAUGAUUAGGUGGCCAUUAUGGUAUGAGGGCCAGAUUUAGCCAGGUCACAAUUUGACUCAAUAUACUGUAUUUAAUGAUGUGUAACGUGUGCAAUCAUGUGCCAAAUCUUGAUUUAGUGCAUUAUUAUAGGGUAAGCAUUACAAUUAGCCGCCUCAACAUUUGUAGCCAUAGGUGGUAAUAUCUCUCUAGGAGCUGAAUUGGUAAGGUAAGAUUUGAAAGGGAGAACGCUGAUCCGAGAGCAGCACUGCCUUUCUUUCGAUCCUAUCAGUGUUGACACAUGCCUCAAUGACACACUUAACAAACGUUCUCUCUGCGUGGUCAUUGUAGGAAAGUUGCAUCGUUAAAACACUCGUAAGCCUAAAUUCAAUCGCUAUCUGGAAACCGGGCCCAGCUCGUUAAUCAGAAGUAAAACAGGUAAUCUGCGAGAUAAGCCAUAUCUUGAUUGCAUCUCAUCUCAUACCAUCUUCUUGAUUUGUUUGUCAGAAGUAGCCUAGGCCUACUGUAGUAAUUCCUUCUCCCUUUUAUUAUUCUAGGACUUAACUGUCCUACAACAGUUUUUCUAUUAACUUUCAUCUUCUGGCAGAUGAAAGUGUAGGGUGCCUUCUUUCGGAUGGGAUGUUAAACAGGUGUGCUGACUCUCUGUGGUCACUAAAGAGCCCAUGGCACUUAUCGUAAGAGAAGGGGUGUUAACCCCGGUGUCCUGGGAAAAUUCCCAAUCUGGCCUUCAUACCAUCAUGGCCACCUUAUCAUCCCCAGCUUCCAAUUGGCUCAUUCAUCCCCCCUCCUUUCCCCUGUAGCUAUAUCCCAGGUCGUUGCUGUAAAUGAGAAUGUGUCUCAGUCAACUUACCUGGUAGAACCUCCUCUCUUCCACUGCAUCAGAUAUCUGUAUAUAAUGACAAGAGGCUCAUGUCUCCACCCUAACAAUUAGGGCCGGGACGAUACCAGUAUCGUGAUACUCAUUAGUGUCGUGCCAAGGAAACAAAACACAAAGCAAAUUUUACUUCUUUAGGAAAACAGCCCAAAUGUUGGAAACAAACAUCAUUAUGUUGUCAUCCAGAGUCACAUUUAUUUAUUUUACAAGCUAUAGCACACAAUCUUACAUACAGCAGGUUUUUAAAGGACCAAAGAGUUUAGUCUGCUUCAUGUUCAAAUUUUUGCCAUGGAAAAAAUAUUGUGAUACUGGUAUCAUCACAGCCCUACUAAUAAUUAGAGUCGUUGUCCCAAAGGCGGGAAGGCAGGCGACAAGCUUUGGUCCAAAAUAAGCCCAUUGAAACGCAUUGGGCUUGUUUUGGACAGAUUUUUGGCGAGAGUGAAACCUCUCGCUUCACCUUUUCCUCUCUGACUGCACUGCCAGCCAGGCAGAAACUCCCCUGUUCCACUGCACUGCCAGCCAGCCAGAAUCUUCCCUGUUCCACUGCACUGCCAGCCAGGCAGAACCUCCCUUGUUUAAAGCCGAUUUAUGGUCAAUCCAAAUGAUGUAUUGGCUGUACAGCAUUUACUGCGAUGCAGCCUCUGCAGAAGUGAGCGCAUUCAUACUUCUUGCACUUCGCAGAGCUGUUGUGAAGGAAGUUGUCAAGGAAGUGAGUUUGUGUUUAUACAGGACAUGCCGGCCCUACCUACCGUAAACCAAUCAUGUCAAUGCAGAGCUAUACAGAGCCCUCCGCAUUGUUAAAACAUUUGGGAGGCACACAGCGAUGAGGUACGGAUAUUGAUUUGGCCUCCGCAAGCCUCCGUAGGCUCCGCAAUUGCGUCACACCCUCCGUACGGAGCCUCCGGACCGCAUUGCCUGAUCAAGCAUAAAUAGGCUUUUAUCUGCACUGCCAGCCAGGCAGAACCUCCCCUGUUCCACUUCACUGCCAGCCAGCCAGCCAGGCAGAACCUCCCCGGUUCCACUGCACUGCCAGCCAGCCAGCCAGCCAGGCAGAACCUCCACUGGACUGCCAGCCAGCUAGGCCAGACAGAGUGCAGCUUGCAUUAUUAAAGCCCCAACAUGAUCGGUGUAACUCCCACAGUUCAAAGCCAGAUGCUGAGCACUGCUGACUGUGCUGGUUAAAGGUAGACUUAGCAAUGCAUGAAGUAAGCUGAAAUAUCGGGUCGAAUUCAGCAACAACUAUGACCAUUGGAGCAUGAGGCUAACUCCACUGUUUUGGUCCUGUAGUUAUCACGUUGUAGCAGCGUGAAGCGCACCCAUGCACAUGUGCAGAUACUCUGUGUGCCUGUGUGAGAUCAAAGUGUUGCAUCGCGCUCAUCUGAAUAUCUGCGUUGCUGCUCACACCAACAUAUCGCUGAGUCUCAGUUUAAUAUUAUAUUAUUUUAAAGCCCAUAUUUGGACUGAUGUCUGCAACUCCCAGUUCAAAGUCAGUUGCUGAGCAUUGCUGACAGUGCUGGUUAAUAUUAUAUUAUUUCAAAGUCCAUCUAGGGACUGAUGCUGCAAAAUUGGGCAAGCUUAAAGGACCGUCUUUUGAUGAAAACACGGACAUGCUUGUGCACUAAAAAGUAUUGCUCAAAUCCAACAGAAUAUAACAUUGCGUAAAUGACACAAUUUCAUGUGUACAACAUCUGCAUCACUAUACUGGGAGCUUUGCUGUUUUUAAAAGGACGUUAUUGUGUGUUUUUGGAGCUUUGUUCAUGUUUUCUGCAUGCCCACAUUCUGCCGAAUGAGCCUGAGGAGGUCUGUCGCUGUCACGCCCUGGCUCUGGGACUCUGUUAUGUUGAGCCAGGGUGUGUAGUUUCUAUGUAUUUGUGUUCUAGGUUCUUUAUCUAGCUCAUGUGUUUCUGUGUUGGCCGGGGUGGUUCUCAAUCAGAGGCAACGAGUGUCAGCUGUUGCUUGUUGUCUCUGAUUAGGAACCAUACUUAGGCAGCCUGUUUUCCACAGUGUUUUGUGGGAUCUUGUUCCGUGUUGGUUUUGUGUUGUAAACCAAGGACUUCACAUAUCGUUUUGUUGUUUUGUUCGUGUGUGGUACAUCAAAUUAAAGUAUGUUCGCAUAUCACGCUGCGCCUUGGUCCACUGUGUUUGACGAUCGUGACAGAAGAUCCCACCAAUACUGGACCAAGCAGCGUGUCCAGGAGUACACGCCGGAGGUAACUUUAGCGGAUGUCCACCUCGACUGGGUCAAGCAGCGUGAGGAGGAGAUAGGUUGGACUUGGGAGCAGAGGAUGGAGAGUCUGGCGAGAGCCAUGGAGGCCAUAUCCACGGGGGAGAGACAAGCCCAAUAAAUGUUUAGGGGGGGGCUCACACCGUGGACGACGGGGCUGCUGGAGGCAGAUAAGGGGCGAGUUAGUGGACGAGGAGAGAAGGCCACCGGGUUACGGGAGCCAUUGGCGAGUAGAGGGAAGGAAAAUGUAGAGGCACGGCGAGAGGUACUGAGGUGUGUUGCCAGUCCGGUCCGGCCCGUUCCUGAUCCCCGGGUAAGGCCAGUGGUGUGUGUUCCCAGUGCGGUCCGGCCUGUUCCUGUCCCUCGCACCAAGCCUGUGAUGCGCGUCGCCAGCCCGGUCCGGCCUGUUCCUGCCUCUCGCACCAAGCCGACGGUGCGCGUCGCCAGCCCGGCCCGGCCUGUUCCUGCUCCCCGCACCAAGCCAAUGGUGCACGUCGCCAGCCCGGCCCGGCCUGUUCCUGCUCCCCGCACCAAGCCAAUGGUGCGCGUCGCCAGCCCGGCCCGGCCUGUUCCUGCUCCCCGCACCAAGCCAAUGGUGCGCGUCGCCAGCCCGGUCCGGCCUGUUCCUGCUCCCCGCACCAAGCCAAUGGUGCGCGUCGCCAGCCCGGCCUGUUCCUGCUCCCCGCACCAAGCCAGGGGUGCGCGUCGCCAGCCCGGCCCGGCCUGUUCCUGCUCCCCGCACCAAGCCUGUGGUGCGCAUCGUCAGCCCGGUCCGGCCCGUGCCUGGGUCACCGGUGCCUGGUCAGGUACCGGUCAGCUGCUCCAUAUCGGAGCCUAAGCAAUCCGCUCCACCGAUGUCCAGCUCCAGCCAGCGGGGCCAGACCGGACCAGGGGCGCUACGGGGGGAUUGUUGGAGGGUGGUGGUCAAGCCCGGAGCCGGAACCGCCUCCAAGGAGGAAUGCCCACCCGGCCCUCCCCUGUUCGGUUUAUGUUUGGCGUGGUCGCAGUCCGCGCCUUUGGGGGGGGGGGUACUGUCACGCCCUGGCUCUGGGACUCUGUUAUGUUGAGCCAGGGUGUGUAGUUUCUAUGUAUUUGUGUUCUAGGUUCUUUAUCUAGCUCAUGUGUUUCUGUGUUGGCCGGGGUGGUUCUCAAUCAGAGGCAACGAGUGUCAGCUGUUGCUUGUUGUCUCUGAUUGGGAACCAUACUUAGGCAGCCUGUUUUCCACAGUGUUUUGUGGGAUCUUGUUCCGUGUUGGUUUUGUGUUGUAAACCAAGGACUUCACGUAUCGUUUUGUUCGUGUGUGGUACAUCAAAUAAAAGUAUGUUCGCAUAUCACGCUGCGCCUUGGUCCACUGUGUUUGACGAUCGUGACAGUCGCUGGUAGGGUAAGUUUCUCAAAACCAAGUGAAAUCACAUAAAAAGUGUCUGUACACUUCUAUAGCAUGCCAUUUACAUCCCAAAAUAGAGAUUGUCCUUUAAGCAUGGUGGUGCAAUGCCCUGACUGUUGAUAGGCCUAAUCCAAUGUGUCAAUGUUUGAAACUGUCCCUUAACAAAUAAACUUUAUUAUUAAAUUGCCCCAUUUCUGGGACACCAUUUUGCGUCCUUGCAUCAGUACAUUUAUUACAAAAUAAUACAUCUACUUACUUACUGUAGCCAAACUGUGGUUUAUGUUACCUUAUGCUAGUACUGUACCAGUACAGGUCCAUGAGGAAUAAUUAAAGCAGAUAUGUGACCCACCACCUGGAUUCGGUCCUAUGUAGCAAAAUUAGAAAUUGUGUUUUUUACAUUGUAUAAAAGUAGAGACUCAGAGCUAGAAAAUGGUAUCCCAUACACUGCAGUUGAGGAACAAUGGGAAAGUAAUUCUGCUUUGAAAGUUGAUAAACUUGUAACCCCACUUUUGAGAAAAUGGGCCUUGAAUGUUUUGGUACACCUACCGGAGAGCUCUUCUUUGUUUACACCCAUUAAGCAUCGUUCACAUCCUCUUAAGCUUUAGCCCCAUCCAUCUCUUUAAGGAUUCACAUGUGAGGCCAUGUGCUAAACAGAAUGAGUAGUGUAGUAAACAACCAAAGAUUUCAAGACUAAAAGUGGUAAAAGUAGUAGCCUACAAUAAGGAAAAACUCCAGGUAAAAAUACACUUUAUCUAGUCCUUGGCCUAUAUCCUAAUCUGACUUUGGUGCAGGUCAUGUUGUUCUUCAUAUUACCGUCUCUGGUAAACACACACUAUAUCAAAUUAAAAUCUAAGUUUAUUUGUCACAUGCACAGGAUACAGAAAGUGUAAACAGUACAGUGAAAUGGUUACUUGAAUAGUAGCAAUAUCAAAAACGGAAAGUGUCCAGAUAAAAAUAUUUUAUAAUUAUUCGAUGACACUUACCCAGACACACUUGUCCAAAUUGUUGGGUCAUGUGAAAGAAAUGCUAUAACCGGCCCCCAGUCACAUCUAGCUAAGUGGAUGGGUCACUAUUGUCUAGACAUGUACACAUGUUCAUGAAAUACAAUAUAUUGCCAUAAUCACCCCCAGACACACCUGGCUAACUUGAUGGGUCAUGUAAUCAUCUGGCGAAGUGGACUCUUUUGUUUAGACAUGUAGCUAGAUAGCUAGCUAGCUAAACAAUGAACUGGCAUAAUCCCAACUCAUGCUACUACCAAUACAAACAGAUUGUCAUAGCUGUAGUAUGAAUCUGCAGGUAGCUAAAGCUAACCAACUAGGUUCAAUGUUAGCUAGCUAGCUAACAGUAGGCUAUAACUAGCAAUGAAAACAACUUUCUGACAAAAUUAGAAACGUAUAAUAUCUGAAAAUGUAGCUAGACUCUUACCCGUAUACGUGGAUGAAUGCUUCAUGGCAGACUGGAACCAUUUAAAUCCAGCAUUGUGUCAAGUCACUCCGUGGCGUGUGCAAAAAGUAGCCCAUCGCAACUUUUUCCAACUGAUCUGUCGAUAGUGCCUGUUAAAUUCAGGGCAUCAAUGUUGUUGAGAAAAGUAGCAAAACUUUUGCAGUUCUCGAUGGCUAACGUUAUAUCUUUCAAAAAAGCUGUGGUAGAAAGGAUUAUCAACACAUACUGAGCAGCUCACGUUAUAGACAGAAGCAUGCUACAUGGCAGACCAAUCCAAACUCAUCUCCCAGCAUGUCCAGCCCAACCAUUAUCUCAGCCAAUCGUGGCUAGUGGGAAGGUACCAGUCUUUUUCCGUGGCUAAACCAACUAGGCUCGUAAUUUAACCAUUUUAUUUGUAUUUACAGAUGGAAUACAAGUUUGUUAUUAAGGCACAUGAUAGUUCACAUGUUCCAGAAGGCAUUUCUGCCAAAAAAUACAUUUUGAUUUAAAAAAAAAUGUUUAUGUUCAAAUGCCUCUCCUGUGAAGUAGUGAUGCACGACAUACGCCUAGUUUCCUGAAACAAGUCACAUAUAUGCCUAACCCCCUUGUGUAUGGGUAUUCAAAUCUUACCCUACAAGUUCCGGAGCUUGCUGGGUUUCUGUUCUACCUGAUAAUUAAUUAAUUAAUUACUCCCACCUGGUGUUUGGGCUCUAAAUCAGUCCCUGAUUAGAGGGGAUUUUUUUAAAUAAGCAGUAGAACUGGCUUCGAGGUCCAGAUUUGAAUUUGAGGGCCCAAGUGUAUCUCACAACAAAGACUCGCUGGAACUUCCUUGUGAUAAAGUACCAUUACCUUUCCUCCAGAGGAUGGAAAAAUAUGAAUCUAGCCUCGUAUGACCAUCCUGAUCUCACGAGCGUACAGUAUUCUGUUUUGCUACACGGAUUCUGUUAAAUGAAGUGAAACGAGAGUGCAGUGUUCAGGAUGGUAGAUCAGGCUAACAUUUCCUAGCUCAGGUGCAGGAAUACUGUCAAAUAGGCUUAUUCCCGAAGACAAUACAUGAUAAUAGGCUGAUAUUCCUGAAUCCUGAAACCAAUUUAAACACACUGAAAUGCUCUGUGUGUCAAAGCAGCUUGUUCUCUGCAAAGGCACCAAAAGCUGUUGUUCCCCAUGAAUAUCAGACAGACAUCCAUCUUGUUGGUGAUUUCGGUGGUAAACCUAGACUAAUGGCUGGAUGUGCUGUGAUGCCAGUCUGGCGGUCUUAUAAUGUCAUCUUUAUACGCCUCUGGCUCUGUCAUGGUUUCAACUAUCAGUUUAUUGGUCCAUUAAAGGCCUAACAUCUCUUUCCAUCUCUCUCUCUUAGGGUCUAGACGAGGAGGCCAUCAUCGACCUUGGGAAGACCAGCUCAACCACCCACACCAACUAUGAGACGGAAGACCUGGAAAGUAAGUCUAGUCUAGGCUUCUUUCUUAGUCCAUACAGCCCUACCAACUUACUGUACCUUUGUGUAUGUCUAUGCCUGUGUGUUCAUUCCUGUGUGCAAUGUGUUGGAGAAAUGGUGUGCCAGUUGAAUUGGCUCAAUUCAGUCAAUUGCAUCGAAUUUAAAUGGAAUUGAACCCAACCCUGGUUCCAGUCAGCCUGUGUGUAUGUACCAGUUUGUGUACCUGCCUUUGUUACUGUUGUGUCUAGAUGCCUGUUUUUCUGUCUCUGUGUGGAUGAUUCCUGUCCACAUUAUAGGCCUAGAUACGUGCUGUGAAUAGAAAGAACAGGUGUUGCUGGUUUUGUUUCUCAGGGGGCCUUGGCAGAUUAAAGCCAGCCCCAGCCUGGCUCUCCUCACCUGCAGCUUUCCAGAAGGGUACGUUCAUUAGCCAGGCAGAAAUGAGCCCACAGACAUAUGGCAAAUGUAAUUGUCAUGUACAGCUUUAUUCAAGUCCAGCUGGAUACUCUGUGGUGCUGGUUGGAAUAUCCGGCUAUAUAAAAAUAAAACACACAAAAACCCCCACGAUUUUCCCAAAUUAGUGUAGAGCUUUGGUUUCAAUUUCAAAAGAAGGACUUCCAAUGGCAUGAUAUUGAAGCUUGCAGUAAAGUACACUGUAUGGUUGACCAAGAGAGUACUAAAUGGUCAGUCUAUGGUCAUACAAAUCAGUAUGAUGAGUCACUUUUUAUUAGAGGUCAAUGUGUGUGUCAUGAAAAUGACUACUUUCAAUUUAUGUAGAAAAAUCUAAAUAAACAAAAACUGAGAUACAAGGUUUUUCCAGGAAGCGGGCGAUAUUUGAGUUAUAUUUAUUUUAGAAACAGAGCUGGCAGUGAGCCAGUUGUUAUUGAAACCAAUCCUCUGUGGUCCUUCUCCUGGGAACAAGGCAGAGAGAGGAGAGGGUUUUAAAGGAAGUGUCAUUGCGGCUCACGUCUGGAGAACGCAGCUAGCAAAUAACAUCAUUACCACAUGUACUGUAUUCCCCAGGCCUGUGCCUGUCCUCUCUCUCUCUCUCUCUCUCUCUCUCUCUCUCUCCAUUAUCCCUCUCCUUUCCCCUGUUUUGUUUCUUGUAUUUUUGUCUCUCUUUAUCCCUCUCAAACACUAUAUCCCUCUCACCUUCUACUCUAUCUCUAUCGCCUUCAUCUCUUUUUCUUUGUAUAUCCAUCUGUUAGACUCAUGUCUUUCUCUUGUCUUUUCCUUUCCCUUCUCCCCUUCUCUUACGUCUUGUUUUAAUUAUUCCCAGAGUCUAUUGGCACAGAAAACUAGGACAUUUGCAUUUCAGAGCAAGAAACCAACAAACAAUGAAAAUAAACACAUUUGAAAAAAGUGAUGGUAUCUUUUCCUGUCUAAGUAGGUUAUUCACAGGAAAUGGAACCUGGUCAUCUGUAAAUCUCUCUCUGGUUUGGUGUGAUGUGUCUCAGGCCACAGGGCGGUCUACGUCGGGGUCCAUGUGCCGCUGGGCCGGGAGAACAAACGCAGGCACCACCGCAGAGGCCACAAACACCACCACAAGAGGCGGGAGCGGGAGGAGGACCACGAGGAGGAGGACCCCACUUAUGGUAACUAACUUCUACCUUAAAGUCCAGUAAAAAGCACGAGCUGACUGUUAGAAAUGUUAGUAGAGGUGCUGACUAAAGGAAUAGUCAACUUUGUAAAAACAGAAAAAAAUUGCUGACAACAAUUUAAUAGGUUAACAAUUUUCACCCAUUAAAUUGUUGGGAGCAUACAGUGCCUUCGGAAAGUAUUCAGACCCCUUGGCUUUUUCCACAAUUUGUUACGUUACAGCCUUAUUCUAAAGUGGAUUUAAAAAAAUCAUAAUAAUCAGCACUCUACACACAAUACAUGUUUUUAGAAAAUGUUGCACAUUUAUUACAAAUAAAAAUCUGAAAUACCUUAUAUACAUAAGUAUUCAGACCUUUUGCUAUGAUACAUGAAAUUGAGCUCAGGUGCAUCCUGUUUCCAUUGAUCAACCUUGAGAUGUUUCUACAACUUGAUAGGAGUCCAUCUCUCGUAAAUUCAAUUGAUUGGACAUGAUUUGGAAAGGCACACAUCUGUCUAUAUAAGGUCCCACAGUUGACAGUGCAUGUCAGAGCAAAAACCAAGCCAUGAGGUCGAAAUAAUUGUCUGUAGAGCUCCGAGACAGGAUUGUGUCGAGGCACAGAUCUGGGGAAUGGUACCAAAAAAGUUCUGCAGCAUUGAAGGUCCCCAAGAACACAGUGGCCUCCAUUAUUCUUAAAUGGAAGAAGUUUGGAACCACCAAGACACUUCCUAGAGUUGGCCGCCCGGCCAAACUGAGCAAUCGGGGGAGAAGGGCCAUGGUCAGGGAGGUGACCAACAACCCGAUGAUCACUCUGACAGAGCUCUGGAGUUCCUCUGUUGAGAUGGGAGAACCUUACAGAAGGACAACCAUCUGUGCAGCACUCCACCAAUCAGGCUUUUAUGGUAGAGUGGCCAGCCGGAAGCCACUCCUCAGUAAAAGGCACAUGACAGUCCGCUUGGAGUUUGCCAAAAGGCACCUAAUGACUCUCAGACCAUGAGAAAGAAAGAUGAAGCUGAGCCGCUCCUAGAUGUUUUCCACUUCACAAUAACAGCAUUACAGUUGACCGGGGCAGCUGUAGCAGGGCAUGAAUUUGACAAACUGACUUGCCAUGUUGAAAGUCACUAAGCUCUUCAGUAAGGCCAUUUACUGCCAAUGUUUGUCUAUGGUGAUUGCAUAGCUGUGUGCUCGAUUUUAUACACCUGUCAGCAACGGGUGUGACUGAAAUAGCCGAAUCCACUAAUUUGAAGGGGUGUCCACAUACUUUUGUAUAUAUUGUGUAUAUGGACGCGAUCCAGUUGUUCGUUCUAUAUGUUCCGUUGCCAUGCUUGCUUGCAACGUUCUUAUCCCUUGCUUGUUAUCUAGCCAACUAGCUAUGGCUAACACAGUCACGACCUCUGCAGCCAGAAUAACAGCAAAGUAGCUGCAUUUGCGUUUUUUUAAGCUGUUUUCUAUUGACAUUCAUUUGGAUACAUACCGAUUUUUUUUUGCCUGGCAUAGCUAGAAAAGUUUGUGUUCUCGUCAGGACACUCGACACUGUUAAAUACGAGGAGAUCACAUUGCAUAUCAAACGCUAGGCUAGAAGCUAGCUAAAUAGUUUGUUGCUAGCAAACCUGCCAAUAUGACAACCGAAUUCAAAAAUAUCAGUUGCUGAAAACAGCUGGUCAAACCAGAAACGAGGGAGGAUUUGACAGCAUAGCGCAACAGUAGGGACCGGAGAAAUUAAUGUUCAUCACUUGCCAUGUUAGGUCAUCAGAUGCUCCAAAAAAGUACUUAUUUGCAAAAACAAAUCAAGCUAAGUUUUUCCUUGUUGGACCUGCGUUUACAAUGUAUCCAAUUUCGGUUUGUGUGGUUGUUGGUUUAUCUUCGUAGCAACACAACAUGACAAAUUGAAUUGUCUGACUGUCGUUCACUCUCUCGCUCUUUUAAUCUAUCCAAUGUCCAUUCCUCUUCCAAUGGUGAAUUUAGCUCCAGGAAUUCUGACGUUAUUGUUUUGCUGAUUCACUCAGACUUGAGUUCUAGCUCUGUUCUUUCACAUUUACCUAUUUCUACUCCCACCACACCACAUUUAAUUAUUCCACUCUUUGUAAUGCAGAGGGAUUCACAGCACUCCAUUCAGAAGCUAAGCUUUGGCUCCUGCUCUUCCCACACUCUCCUCAUCUCUAUAUCUCCUGUUAUCUCUCCCCGCCUCCCCCAUCUAGACACGCCCUCCCAGCGGGUGCAGUUCAUCCUGGGUACCGAGGAUGACGAUGUGGAGCACGUCCCCCAUGACCUGUUCACCGAGUUGGACGAGCUGUCCUUCAGGGACGGGAGCGCCACUGAGUGGAAGGAGACCGCCAGGUAGGUCACAGCCCAGCCCAGGUUCCAGCCUCCAUACUCCAGGGUCCAUGUGGCUUUAGAGAAGCCAUGUUAUCAUGCCAUUCUUUGUUCAUUCAGGUCUUGAUUCAACAGCACUUUAUUGGCACUGUAGGUUUUCCCUGAAACGUUGAUGAGUUUAACUUUGCAUCUUUCGAAUUUUGAAGUCGUCUCCUUGACUGUGGUAAAAUAUUCCGCUUUUUAAUGGCCAAAACUGUAGGCUGGUAGACUGUCGUGGCCUUAAAAUUGCCUGUGGGGGCUGGGGAAUGGUGACGCAUCUUGUAUGUGAAGGUGUGAUUAAUGGGUAAGAUUGACAGAGCUGCCUACAGGUCUGACUGUGAAUCAGUCUAUCUUAGUCAUCCUUCAUAGCCAUGGCACCAUCACCAUCCCAGACAAUGUAAGCCUACGCUCAUGGGCUCAGACACAAAUACACAGCAAUCUACUGCUCUUAAAAAACUAGUUAAAAGCUUAAAAAACAUAAUCAAACGUUUUCCAUUACCUCUCAAAAGUGAAAAGCUCAAGGCAAGGCAAAAUGUCUGUUUCUUCUGCUCAAGUUGUUCUUAGUCAGCGUUUGGGAAAUGGAAGUAUGAGUAUUGAAGCCAUAUAAAAAAAAUUGUGUGUGGGUGUGUCUUGUGUCUGUGUGUGUGUGUGUGUGUGUGUGUGUGUGUGUGUGUUUGUAGGUGGUUGAAGUUUGAGGAGGACGUGGAGGAUGGAGGGGAGCGUUGGAGUAAGCCCUACGUGGCCACCCUGUCUCUACACAGCCUGUUUGAGUUGAGGAGCUGCAUCCUCAACGGCACCGUCAUGCUGGACAUGAGGGCCACCUGUAUCGAGGAGAUUGCAGGUACAUUCAUGUCAGAAGAAGUUUGUGUGUACACAUGUGCAUGCUAUAGGAUUAGCUAGAUUUGUUUGUGCACCAGAGGUAAACAAUGAUAAACAAGGCAAUAAUAAAGUUGGUUGAAUAGGGUGACAUUUAAUUGAUCUCUCUGUGUGUGUGUGUGUGUGUGUGUGUGUGUGUGUGUGUGUGUGUGUGUGUGUUUAUGCAAGCUCAUUUGCAAGUGUGUGUGUACCAAUGGUGCAACCUCCAAGUGAACAACAAAUACAAGGCAAUACAAUUCGCCUGUGUGUGUGUGUGUCCAGACAUGUUGAUUGACAGCAUGGUGGUGUCUGGCCAGCUGGAGGAGGAGCUUCGUCAGAAGGUGCGUGAGGCCAUGUUGAAGAGACACCACCACCAGAACGAGAGGAAGCUCAGCAACCGCAUACCGCUGGUGCGCUCAAUCGCAGACAUAGGCAAGAAACAUUCAGACCCGUUCUUGCUUGAGAGAAACGGUGAGAUCCCCUGCGCCGCGCACACUCCAUUUCUUUUUCCUCAUCCUCGAGGGGGUUGAAAUAAUCUUUAUAAUCCUUGGUAUUCCAAAAAAGUAAAGGUGACAGCAUCUGCCAUUUAGCAGACACUUUUAUUAAAAGUGACUUACAGGACAGUGAGCGCAUACAUUUUAGUAUGUGUGGCCCCAGCGGGAUUCGAACCCACGAACCUGGCGUUGCUAGCGCCAUGGUCUUACCAACUGAGCCACACAAGACCAAAUACAUCAUGGCUGUUCAGGAGGUGUCAAACUAAUGAUGUGAGUAGAUGCCACAAUGAGGAUAUAAGCCUCAUAGAGACAGCUGCUACCCCCCACUGUGAAAGAGAAAUCUGGGUGCGGAUGGUGCGAGCAUGUGUGGCUGGCCUGGCUCAGGGUUUUGCCUCUGAGAAUUAACAAUGGCUUCUACUCCAUGUUGGAAUGGUUGGGGUAAUGCUCUUCUUGCAGUUCGACAUGUUUUGUUUAUUGAGCAUGACCUCAGGUUGUGGUGUGUACUCAGAGUAUGGUGUGUGACUGUUUAUGUGAAUGAAAUAAUUAGGUUGUGCUACAGUUGCAAUGGUCUCUGGUCUCUGUCCUACUGUCACAUUUUGUUUUAUUGAAUGCAUUAAAUGCAAUAUUGCCUUGGUAUAAAAUAUGUGUGAAAUGUCAUAUAUUGCAUAGCUUGCUUGCACUGUAUGUAUACCAAACAAGUGGACCGAUAUGAAAUAUGACUGGUUUAUUUGUGGUUCUGUAUUUGUAAGUACAAUAUACUGUACACUGACACUGUGCUAACCAACCCACAACUCUUCUCUUGCCUGCAAGCAUCUCUCUACCCAAAAUGCUCUCCCUUGGUAUGUGUCACUGUGUGAUUGGUGAGUGGACAAGCUUAUUGUUCCCUGUGGACACCUCACCUCUCUCACCUUUCCCCUGCAAGAACCUCUCAACACCUCUGUUUCUCUCUAACCACACUCCUCAGAAGCUCCCACCACCUACCUUCUGCCCCCAGAGAAUGUACCCCUAAAACCACCUCUCUGAUUAAAUCCUCCCUCAUAUGUUUCUCCUUUUUCCUCCCUCCUCCUUCCUCCCUUUCUUCUCUCCCUCCUCUCCCUUCUUUGUUGUUGUGUCUUCCCGCCACUCCAGGGGAGGGCCUCUCCGCCUCCCGCCACUCCCUGAAGCCGGGGGCCUCCGUCUCCAACCUGUCCCAGAGGCAAGAGUCCCGGGUCUCCGUCCUCCUCAACCUCCUCCUGCCCAACUCCUCCUCCACCUCCGCUGGGGGGCCCUCCCCCGGACCCUCGCCCCUCACCACCCCCCAGAACACGCCCCCUACUCCCCGCCGCUCCCCAAACCCUCCCCGUGCCCCUGGCCCCGCCCCGGGCGGCCAGGCCAUCCCGGAGGUUGUGGUGUCACCGCCUGAGGACGACGAGUCGCCACCCACCGCCAUUACGAAGGAUGAGGAGGCAAAUUCCGCUCGGCAACCGUCGCUGCAGACUAGAGGGCUCCAGCAGCUGCCCUUAGAAGGCAAAUAUCUGUGUAGCCUGCCAGUGUGAGUCACGGCUUGAACAGAGAACACUAGCACCAGCAUGCUGGCUGUGCCCUCCUUCUCUACCCUACCACAAAUCCAUUAUCAACCCCAGCAUGUUAACUUUUUAUACCCCUCCUCUAUUGACUCAACAAGACCUCACACAGCUCUCUCUCUCCACCUCUGUUUUUCUCUACCUCGUUCCUUUCUUGCAUACCUCUGUCUCUGUUUCUCUAGUCUAGUCUAUCAAAUCAUCUUUCUGCACUCUCUCCCUUUCUCUCAUAUCUCGCUCCAUUCCUAGACUAUUUAUUGUUCACAUUCCUUUCUCUCUCUGUCUCCACCUUUCUUCAUCCAGCCCUUCCACACUACCCUCACCUUGCUUGGCUUGGUCCCUCCACUUCUCUUUGCUCAGUGUGUGUGCAUGGCUCUCCUCGAAAAUGGAAAAUGUAUUUUAUCAUUUACCAUACCAUAGUUCUGCAGGGUCCGACAUUAACGAUGGCCCGCUGUCCCGGGUAAAAACAUGUGUUGGGCCCGACCAGGCCAGUAACUUCUCAGUGCAUUUUGUAAUUCCAGUUCGACAGUUACCUGCUGUGUAAUCACUCAUGGACAGAUCUACGUAAACAUAACUGGUACCGUAGAAUCUCUUGGGAAGGAAUGGGAUGCCUGGGAUAGCGAGUAGCAGUAGUUCUGGUGUUUUGGGUUUUUUGUAACUGGUUAUUUGGGCAAAUCACGAUUUCGCAGGUGUAAGCAUCUUUCGAAUUUCAGAAUGGGAGAGGAUAUUCGGCCCGUAUCUUGCAAAGAGAGAGGGUGGAGCUGCUCGUUCCGGUUGGGCUCCUCGUUCUAGCAUCUCUUCAUCUCUUCUCUCCACACGUAUGGACCCAGAACUUAAUUGAGCAGCUGACUAAUUACAUGAAACUUUAGUUUGGGGUUAACCGAGAUUAUCUGCUGUGUCGCAGUCUUGAAAACCAUUGAAGACUACACGUGGAAAAGUCAUGAUGGGGCGGCGCACUAUUGGCCCAGCGUCGUCCAGGGUAGGGGAGGGAAUGGCCGGCAGGGGAUGUAGCUCAGUUGGUAGAGCAUGGCGUUUGCAACGCCAGGGUUGUGGGUUCGAUAAAAUAAUGUAUGUGCUAACUGUAAGUCGCUCUGGAUAAGAGCGUCUGCUAAAUGACUAAAAUGUAAAUGUAAAUGUAAUGUAUUUGAGCAAUAUGAUUGGCCAUUCAUUCAACCACGCUCCUCGCGAGUCACAACUUCUCAAGCAGUACAUACUGUAAAUUGAUGCGUUCACACAUCACACGUGAGCUGUCCAGAAUAAAAAGAAGCACUCACCAAUCCAUUUCCUUUAAGGAAAUUGAUUUAUAAAAGUAAACCUUCAAUAGUGAGCAUACAGUACUAGCAAUGUGCUGGCUACUGUUGAUAAUCUGCACAAAGAAUGCUACAAAAAGACAUCUAGCAUUCAUCUUGGCUAAUCUACUUUAGCCAGAUUAAUAUAUUCUCUUUUGAAAGGCAGUUGUCAUAAUGGCGCAGCGUCCUAUUUUUAGAUCUUCUCAAAAUAACAUGCAAUUAAUACAAUGCAAUUCUAAAUAAUUAUAUUGCUAGAUUCUAUUAUACAGCUUUUUAAUACAUACCAUAAUAAACAAAUGUAGCCUAUUAUUAGCUGAAUAUAGAGAGAAAGCAUGCCAACAUAUAGGCCCUGCAUGACCCCAAUGCAUUUUAACUACACCAUGUCCGGGCCAGUAGAAAUUAUGUUUGGGCCAGUCGAUUUUUGGCCAACUGGCCCAACCGGGCCAGUGAGAAAAAACGUUAAUGUUUCACCCUGGUUCUGUGAUAUUUCUUUGUCCACUUUUUCAUUGCAAAUCUUUUUUUUUCAUUCAGUCUUAAAAUGAAAACCUGAAGGCGUUUAAUCGACUGGAUAUUUUCCAUCCCUUGAAGCCUGUUUAGUCCAGUCAGUGUAAGAGAUGAGUCGCCAGGUCUCAUAUCAUGGCAUAUCUUCCCAGUUACUGUCACUGCUCUCCAUGACUGUCCCAUUGUGAAUAUACUGUACAGCCAGGACAGACUUAAACAACUUCAAAUAUCUUGUCUUUUUCCAGAGCAGAGUCGUUUGGCGUCUCUCCUCCAUAAUUCCUGAGUAUAAACAGACAGACGUCUCAGACGUUUUCCCCGUAAAGAGUCUAGUGAGGGACUGCUACAUGUGCAAACAGCAUGCUAAAUAUAAAGCCAUAGAGAGGGGUUGGGGUGGGAGGGUUUUAACGUUGGCACGUAACUCUCUCAGUCCCAGUGACAUCCACAGUGACUUUUUGUUCUUUCCGGAACUGGAUAGUAUUUAGCCCCUGUAUUUAUAGCAGUGUGUGUAGAAGAGAGCUGAACUGGAAGGUUGGGUCAUGAGAACUAGAGACUUCUAGUUUGGAGGGAAACAUGAUUUAAGGUGGGCAGCUGGUUGUCUUAUUAUAGGUACUAGUGUGGUUCUGUAAUCUUCCAUUACUUCUGUCUAGGAUGACAACGUUUGCCAAUAAACUAUAUACUGUCCUUGACCACGUUGUGAGUAUCGCUCGAGUGAAGUCCAUGCUUGACAACAUUUGCCAAGAAACUAUAUACUACAUACUUACUUCACCUCGUUCUGAGUAUCGUUCAUUUGAGUUUGAAUCCCAUGCUUGCAUAGACAGGCAGUUUAGGAUGAUUUGAAGGAGCUGUUAGGCUAGACCUUAUAACACCCAAAGCAGCUAUCUCACCAACAAAAGUGCUUGGUAAACCACCUCUCCCUAAUGGCAGGCUAUAGAGAGUUAUUGUAGAUUCAAUCGAGCGUAAAAUGCCCUCAGUGCAUCCCAUAUCCCACACACGAUGAAUGCAGCUGCUCAUUCCAAAUCAGGCCCUGGGGUCACUUUAGGCUAUUCUUCACCGUUAGUGUCAGCUAGCUACAUAAUCGACCCUGAGAGUUAUAACUGCAAUCAACACUAUAUCAGCAUCAGGGGAGUCAGAGCAUCAUCAAUCUUCCUACCAAGGCUUAUAUACAGUUGCGGCCUAAAUAUAUUGGCAACCUUGCACUUUUCUUAAAUAAUUCCCUAUUUCAUCUAAAAUAAGUUGAAAUUGAAAAUAACAUUUGGUCUCCACACCUUUAUUAUUGGAUUUUCAACAUUGCAGAACAAAUUGUAUUUUUGUAAACUUAAAUUGGCAUGGACAAAAUGAUUGGCACCCGGAGCUAGUACUUGGUUGCACAGCCUUUGGCCAAGAUAACUGCCAACAAAUGCUUCUUGUAGCCAUCAAUGAGCUGCACCUUUCUACUGGCAAUUUGGCCCACUGUUCAGCAGCAAACUGCUGUAAUUCUCCAAUGUUUGAGGAUUGCCCUCGACCAACUGCUGUUUUCAGCUCACCAUAGGUUAUGGAUGUGAUUCAGAUUUGAAUUCUUCGCUGGCUACUGCAGAACAGUCCAUAAUUUCUUCUUGAACCAUUCCAGUGUGCUUUUGAUGUGUGUUUGGGGUUGUUGUCCUGCUGGAAGGCCCACAACCUUCAACAGAGACACAGUUUUUGGACAUUGCAAUCCAAAACACCUUGAUAAUCUGCUGAUUUCAUGAUGUCUUGCACACAUUCAAGGCCCCCAGUGCCAGAGGCUGCAUGGCAAUGCCAUAGCAUUAACAAACCUCCCCCAUGUUUGAUUAUGGGGAGGGUGUUCUAUUCUUUAUAGAAUGCUUAAUUUGGUCGUUGGUAAACAUAGGAAGACCCCACUGCUGAAGGAGACACAAGAAAGCCUGAUUGAACUUCUCAUACACCCACCUAAACAAGCAUAAAUCCUGUGGAAAAUGUUCUGUGGACCAAUAAAACAAAAUUAGAGCUCUUUGACAAUACAAAUUAGCGCUGUAUUUACUGACAAAUUAAGCACACCCUCCCUACAAUAAAAAAUGGGGGAGGUUUAAAAAUGCUGUGGGGUUGCUUUGCUGCCUCUGGUACUGGGGGCCAUGAACGUGCGCAAAGCAUCAUGAAUCAGCAGAUUAUCAGGUGUUUUGGAGUGCAAUGUUCAACCCAAUGUCCAAGAAUUGGGUCUCCAUUGAAGGUUGUGGGUCUUCCAGCAGGACAACGACCCCAGCCACACAUCCAAAAGCACCCAGGAAUGGUUCAAGAAGUGAGGAUGGACUGUAAUGAAGUGGCCAGAGACAAAUCCAGAUCUGAAUCACAUACUAAACCUAUGGCAAGAUCUGAAAACUGCAUUGGUGGAGGGCAUCCCUCAAACAAUGAAGAAUUAGAGCAGUUUGCUGCUAAAAAGUGGGUCAAAUUGCCAGUAUAAAUGUGCAGCAAGCUCAUUGAUGGCUACAAAAAGUGUUUGUCUGCAGUUAUCUUGGCAAAAGGCUGUGCAACCAAGUACUAGCUCCGGGGUGUAGUGAUGCGCGGGUUGACUCAUAACCUGCAGUCCCCGCGGUUAUAUCCAUGGGGCGGACUGGUUUAGGGUAAUUCAAUAUUGUGUGACUGAAGGGCGGGUGUGUGGCGGGCGGGUUGAAUAAAGAGAAACAAUACCUUGAAAAAUCCAUGCAAUUUUUAUAGGCUACAUUGAGGUUUUUCUUUCAUUAUUUUAGGCUAUCUGGUAUUAGUGCAUAAGCCUACACUUUAGGGCUUAACUGUAUGCACGCCAAAUAGCCUAUACAGUCAAUCUCCAAAUAAUGCUUUUGGGAACGGGCAGAAAAGUUACCGUCAAUCCACGGAGGCAAAAGGGACAUUGUCGAAGUUGAAUUCAAUAAGACAAAAGCUGCGAAAGGAGAGUUGAAAAUAUAGAGAAGGGAGGGCCAGAAAAGUAAUGUUUGGAAAAUAUUUGGUGAAGUGGUAAAAGAGGAUGAUAGUAGUGCCUGCUAUGUUAUGUGUGAUGAUUGUGAAGCGCUAUAUAAAUUCGACAGUCACAAGACGGGACUUCAAAUAGGCCUAUGGCAUGUCAAGGGAACUGUAGCCUACUGUUUAGAUGGGUUAAAUGGAAACUGAAAUCUGGACAUUGACUGACUAACCAGAAUAACCUACUGUUUUUUGGCAAACUCCAAAGUACUCUAAUAAUACUAGUCCCGUGCUAAUCGACAUCCCUGUGUUUUGAGAGAAAUUUAUGAGUUUGACAGGUAUUGCUCGCGGUUUGAGUAUGAAAACAAUAACUGAUUCGAUAAAUUGAACGAAGUGCUGCGCAUAGCCUAUAUAUGAAGGGCCUACAUGUAUCAACUUUCACAGUGAAUGCUUUUGUUUAUACGUUUUUUGCGAAUGAAUUGAACAUCGCCAAAUGCAUCAUAAAAAAAUAUUGUGCCUAUUUAAUGCAACCCUUGCCGUUAAUAGAUCGCAAAGCAGCAUGUAACAGAGCUAAACGUUUGGAACAAGUUCACUUUCUCACCCAUAGCCUAAAAACACAUAUCAAGUGCAAGUUAGUGUAGUGUAUUGACAAUAUGAUGGUGUUAAAUGUUUUUAAAUGGAACUGAAAGAAUGUUGAUUUUUGGUAUCAAGAGGGAAGGUUUUAGCGUGACGCCACAUAUGACAGACAGGAAGUGGGUUGUAAGAUACGGGGAUUGAACAGUAGAGGGAGCCAUUCAACUCUUGGAAGGCUAUAUAAAGGGGGGAAGAACGGCGGAGAGUUAGAACAUAGGAAGAUUCAUUUGGGACUGGUUCUCCGGACAACGCGGGUCUGUACUUAUGCUGUAACUCGUGGUAUUAAUAAAAUUCUCUAGAACACGAUACAGUCUAAGGGAUUCUUUGAUCGACAGCAAUACCCACCAGCAUUCGACACGAUACCACAUUAGCUAUUUAGCUCACAUCUGAAGGCUGUGGGGCAUUUAGGAUGUCUUCUACUACGGUUCGCUAAAAUAUCCUGAUUAUGAUCACACUUCCUCCAUUCAAAUAUAAUGGAGACACUUUACCAAAGAUGGUUUGGUAUGGUUUAGAAACUUGGGAACCAAGCUCAAGUUAUCAGUGUAGCCUGUUAUUGCCUGGACUUGUUGAAAUAUCUUCACGCCUAGAAAAAAAAAAUAUAUAUAUAUACAGUACCAGUCGGACUGCAGAGUGAAGGAAAAGCAGCCAACAAGUGCUCAGCAUAUGUGGGAACUCCUUCAAGACUGUUGGAAAAGCAUUCCAGGUGAAGCUGGUUGAGAGAAUGCCAAGAGUGUGCAAAGCUGUCAUCAAGGCAAAGGGUGGCUAUUUGAAGAAUCUCAAAUAUAAAAUAUAUUUUGAUUUGUGUAACACUUUUUGGGUUACUACAUGAUUUCAAAUGUGUUAUUUCAUAGUUUUGUUGUCUUCACUAUUAUUCUACAAUUUAGAAAUUAGUACAAAUAAGAAAAACUCUUGAAUGAGUAGGUGUGUCCAAAAGUUUGACUGGUUUUGUAGAAACCAAGAGAAAGAACGUUCUCUAGUAAUACUAGUCCCGUACGAAUAGGGCUAUAGCCGUAAUAAUAACUCCUGCAGAAUUAAGCGUUUCUUGCAGUAAAAUGAUACACCAAAUGUAGGUAAAAAUGUGGACUUGGGAACAGGAGUGGAGAAAUAUGAUUUAUUUCUUUUUGCAUCUUGAGAGAAUAUAAUGCUCAGUUAGAUACCAUCUGUAGAGGUGCUGUCUUUAUCAUAAAAGCAUCAUAAAAGCUGAUAGUAUUUAAACCACAAAAAAUAUGCACUGAAGCCAAACUGAAAUAUUUUCAGAAACAAGUUGGGUUGUUUUCACAGCUUUCUUUUUCCUUACAACCGGUCAAACUGAUGUCAUUUGGACAUUUUGCACAGAAAAUCUUUCCUGUCGUUUUUUGUUGUUGCGUUAUUGUAUUUUCUUCCCAGUCCCUAAACUUCUUUGCUACGCGAAAGAUGACAGAGAAAACUUUACCGAUGUCAACUAGAUUUAAUAAUUAAUUCUGUCGAUCUAUUACAUUAUUCUGUUGAGCAAGGGUUUAUUUAGUCUUCUAGGACAACAUAUAAUGACACAAGAGAAGCUACAUUUAUCUAAUUAUAGACAUGUUGACUAACAAAUUAUGAGCAGAAACAUAUCUAAAUCAGGCAACAACAAAAAAUCCUCCACCCCUGUCAUAAAAUAAUUCUACAGUCUUUGACUGUAGCCUAUGGCACAUUAUCUAUAUUUGCGGGUUAGGGUAGGGUGCGGGGCUCAGAUUUUCACUUGAUCACAUAUAGUCGGGAUGGGUUAUUAGCAAUUGCGGGCGGGUGCAAGUGAACAAACAGCUGACCCACUAACGGGGUGCCAAUAAUUUUGUCCAUGCCUUUUUGUCUUUAUUUUCUGAAUUAAAAUUGUAAACUAAAGUUUAGAAAAAUAAAAUUGGUUCUGCAAUGUUGAAAAUCUAAUAACAAUAACAUAUUUUUUUUAACUUAUUUUUUAAACUUAUUUUAGAAGAAAUAGGGAAUUAUUUAAGAAAAGUACAAGGGUGCCAAUAUAUUUGGCCGCAACUAUAUAUACAGUACACCUACUCAUCUUUUGACUGCCGGAUUCUUUAGUAAGAACUGUCUAAUGAGCUGUCUAAUGCCACGGCAGCACUCAUGCCACAGUGCCACACAUAACAUGUAGUGUCAGCUCUUGGUAUGCAGAUGAAGACAAAUUACCAUAGAGUCAGUAGUGUUCGUCCUCAGUGUGCCCCUGGUUUUGGAAUGAUAUGAUUUGAUUAGUCGGACUCAUUUACUGUACAUAUGAGUGUGGCCGGAGGUCCAGCAUGGAGCGCGCAUUCCGGGUUUAAGCUUCCGGAUGCAUCUCCACUAAUCCCUGUCACUCCCAGGGGCUUUGUAGGGAAUGUGAGCGAUAGCACUUCUGUUCGUCCCAACAUGGCUGCCUCAUAGCCCGCAGGGCCGGGUUACAACAGGUCACAGGUCAAGGAUGACCACAAGGAGGAAACUGUCACCCAUUCAUAUUCAUUUGUACAUUCAUCUACGUUCUAGGUGAUUGAGACAGAGGGAGUGGAGUGUGUGGUGUUGCUAUGUUACAGUUAAUUAAUUUAUGUGGUUAUUUCCUCAAUGCACGUCUCCCUUGCUGAAGUGCUGGCGUUUCCUGUGUACGGCUCACCUCACAUGGCUAUAGGGCGCAUUGAAGUGGGGCGGCGGAGGCGCAAUUGCUUGAACCCUUAUCACUGCAGGCCAUAAUGAAUUUUCAUUAUGUUAUCAAUUUAUUAAGGUCUUUUGAGAUUGUAUAAAUGUAACUCUGUAUCAAAUACUAUUUAGCAGUAUGCAUCUGUAGUCUGGGCCUAUACAAGAGAACCUAUUGAAAAAUAAUUGCAAUUAAUUGAUCAGAGUAUAGCUACAUGAUUUCUGUAUAGAUUAAGGUUUCUCAAAAUUUAAAUUGGAGAACCGGUAUUGUGUUUUGGUGCUUUGCAAACUGUCUGCAUAUGAGUGGUAUAUGAAAAACACAAUAUUAUCAAAAGUAGGCAUUCUAAUCUCAGUAUCCACGAGCAUGUGCCUCGGUCCUCCAGAGCUGACAUUGCUAACACUCUUCUGCCGCUAUCCCCUGUCUGUUUGUUGUUUCAGGGCCACUGAUGUCCACACACUCUGUCCCCAGUAACCUGGAUAGCAGCAGCAAGGCCGGAGACAGGAGGCCCUCCAAAGCUGGGGUCAGUAAAGAGAAUAGCAGUGUGGACUUAAGCAAGGUAACCCCUGCUACUGGGCAAAGAAAGCCCCUCAUCAGCCACAUUCAUCCAUAGGUCCAAGACAACCAUCAUCACCCACUCCCUUCCUUCUAGAACCAAGAGGCAGUCUCAAAGUAAACUGUACAGUGUUUUAAUUCAAUAACUGGGUUUGGUUCAGUGAGCUCUCCCUCAUUAUAUCACUUUACGACUCUUUCAACCAUGAAAUAAAUAGCCUGGCGGCCGUGAGGAGUUAUCAGCUUCAAACCAGCUUUCAUGUGUAUGCCAAGAAACAACCUCAUACUUGCUGGGGGAGUCUAAUCAAAAGAGGGAGAGGGAGACAGAGAGUGUGUGUGUUUGUGGAAAAGAGAGAGAUGCAGAUAUUACCCAUCUCAGUGGGCAAGGUUUCCCAGCUCUCUUACAUAGUUCAAACAAACAACCUUGUGAUGAAAGGGACUCCAUUGCUCAGUACUGCCCUUAUAGCUUCCCUCUACGCCAGUGGUUCCCAAACUGUUGGGUAGGAACUCAGUCCGGUGUUCAAGUUACUCUUGAAAGUUGUAAUAGUAGAAUGCACAAGUUGAAAUUUCAAAAUUAGGUAGUGAUAAUCAGUAUUUCUCUUGUCAUGUCAGUCAUUGCAUACCUUAGAGAGCGAUUUAUAACUUGUCAGAAAUGUCCAGAUCAACUAGCCCAUGUAAGCUAACGUUUUCAGCUAGCCCAUGUUGGAGUCGCUCAAAUAUCACAUGAAUACACAUUAGACAUGGUAAAAUGUAUAGAAUUGCAAGAAAAUAAGCUUUAAACACACAAAAUGUUAUCUCCGCCAGUUUGUGUCAUGAACAGUGCUUGUACCAAUAGAAAUAGACAUGGCGCUGGAUGUUCCCCAAUGCUAGAAGGGGGGCCUGAGUGAAAAAGUUUGGGUACCCCUGCUCUACACCACUAACACCGUAGCUUCCCCCAACCAUAGCAUCUAUCCAUAGCUGCCAUCUGCCACUCAGCAUGAUCCCUCCAUCCCCAGUCAUUCCUUCCUUUCAUUUGAAGUCUCUCCCUACUCUGUUGUGCCCAUUGGGCUCCAGGUAGAUACUGUACAAUGAUAUAACAUACACUGCUCAAAAGAAUUAAGGGAACACUAAAAUAACAUCCUAGAUCUGAAUGAAUGAAAUAAUCUUAUUAAAUACUUUUUUCUUGACAUAGUUGAAUGUGCUGACAACAAAAUCACACAAAAAUGAUCAAUGGAAAUCAAAUGUAUCAACCCAUGGAGGUCUGGAUUUGGAGUCACCCUCAAAAUUAAAGUGGAAAACCACACUACAGGCUGAUCCAACUUUGAUGUAAUGUCCUUAAAACAAGUCAAAAUGAGGCUCAGUAGUGUGUGUGGCCUCCACGUGCCUGUAUGACCUCCCUACAACGCCUGGGCAUGCUCCUGAUGAGGUGGCGGAUGGUCUCCUGAGGGAUCUCCUCCCAGACCUGGACUAAAGCAUCCGCCAACUCCUGGACAGUCUGUGGUGCGACGUGGCGUUGGUGGAUGGAGCGAGACAUGAUGUCCCAGAUGUGCUCAAUUGGAUUCAGGUCUGGGGAACGGGCGGGCCAGUCCAUAGCAUCAAUGCCUUCCUCUUGCAGGAACUGCUGACACACUCCAGCCACAUGAGGUCUAGCAUUGUCUUGCAUUAGGAGGAACCCAGGGCCAACCGCACCAGCAUAUGGUCUCACAAGGGGUCUGAGGAUCUCAUCUCGGUACCUAAUGGCAGUCAGGCUACCUCUGGCGAGCACAUGGAGGGCUGUGCGGCCCCCCAAAGAAAUGCCACCCCACACCAUGACUGACCCACCAUCAAACCGGUCAUGCUGGAGGAUGUUGCAGGCAGCAGAACGUUCUCCACGGCGUCUCCAGACUCUGUCACGUCUGUCACAUGUGCUCAGUGUGAACCUGCUUUCAUCUGUGAAGAGCACAGGGCGCCAGUGGCGAAUUUGCCAAUCUUGGUGUUCUCUGGCAAAUGCCAAACGUCCUGCACGGUGUUGGGCUGUAAGCACAACCCCCACCUGUGGACGUCAGGCCCUCAUACCACCCUCAUGGAGUCUGUUUCUGACCGUUUGAGCAGACACAUGCACAUUUGUGGCCUGCUGGAGGUCAUUUUGCAGGGCUCAGGCAGUGCUCCUCUUGCUCCUCCUUGCACAAAGGCGGAGGUAGCAGUCCUGCUGCUGGGUUGUUGCCCUCCUACGGCCUCCUCCACGUCUCCUGAUGUACUGGCCUGUCUCCUGGUAGCGCCUCCAUGCUCUGGACACUACGCUGACAGACACAGUAAACCUUCUUGCCACAGCUCGCAUUGAUGUGCCAUCCUGGAUGAGCUGCACUACCUGAGCCACUUGUGUGAGUUGUAGACUCCGUCUCAUGCUACCACUAGAGUGAAAGCACCGCCAGCAUUCAAAAGUGACCAAAACAUCAGCCAGGAAGCAUAGGAACUGAGAAGUGGUCUGUGGUCACCACCUGCAAAACCAGUCCUUUAUUGGGGUUGUCUUGCUAAUUGCCUAUAAUUUCCACCUGUUGUCUAUUCCAUUUGCACAACAGCAUGUGACAUUUAUUGUCAAUCAGUGUUGCUUCCUAAGUGGACAGUUUGAUUUCACAGAAGUGUGAUUGACUUGGAGUUACAUUGUGUUGUUUAAGUGUUCCCUUUAUUUUUUUGAGCAGUGUAUAUAUUUUUCUCGGCAUGAUUUCUUAUACCAGUGUUUCCCAAUAUAAAGCUGCGUUCCCGUGGGCAUCACGUGGGACCUGCAGGCCACGCAGAGAUCAUUGUGGUGCGGGUGGCAUUUUUCACGCUAGGGGCGGGAGCGGGUGGUCAGAUAGACAACUUAUUUAGAACGGUUGUCUUUCUGUUUUGCAUGUGUUAUCUAUUGCAUUACAAAACCCUAGAGUCGACGUCCACGCCCCCAUGGAAAUCUAGUUAGCAUAAUACAAAAAAUCCCUAUAAAAAUCUGUCCGUUUAAGCUAGAGAUCUGUUUAGCAUUGGAUGCGUCUCAAUCCACCACAUCUGCCGAUGUCUCACUUCCGCAUCUGCGGUGAAAGGUGGCAGGGCUAGAGCGGUGUUUGCUUUACAACCCCCACAAGCGUCUUGGGACUCAUCUGAAGUCGGUACAGCCGAUCUUCCAACUUCUGUCUGUAGCGUCCAAACAUUUUGGGCUACACGCUAAUAUGACCCCUCUGUGGAAAGGUGAGACUCUCACGAACACAUACAUGUUGUUUUGCUCUAGGAUGCCCAUAGGCCACACAAGACUCGUCUGAAGGUCCCCCGGUACCAGUUGAAAAAAUUAAUGGAAGUAUACAGUGGGGAAAAAAAGUAUUUAGUCAGCCACCAAUUGUGCAAGUUCUCCCACUUAAAAAGAUGAGAGAGGCCUGUAAUUUUCAUCAUAGGUACACGUCAACUAUGACAGACAAAUUGAGAUUUUUUUUCCAGAAAAUCACAUUGUAGGAUUUUUAAUGAAUUUAUUUGCAAAUUAUGGUGGAAAAUAAGUAUUUGGUCACCUACAAACAAGCAAGAUUUCUGGCUCUCACAGACCUGUAACUCCUCUGUAGAGGCUCCUCUGUAGACCUCCACCAGGCUGGGAAGACUGAAUCUGCAAUGGGUAAGCAGCUUGGUUUGAAGAAAUCAACUGUGGGAGCAAUUAUUAGGAAAUGGAAGACAUACAAGACCACUGAUAAUCUCCCUCGAUCUGGGGCUCCACGCAAGAUCUCACCCCGUGGGGUCAAAAUGAUCACAAGCAAAAAUCCCAGAACCACACGGGGGGACCUAGUGAAUGACCUGCAGAGAGCUGGGACCAAAGUAACAAAGCCUACCAUCAGUAACACACUACGCCGCCAGGGACUCAAAUCCUGCAGUGCAAGACGUGUCCCCCUGCUUAAGCCAGUACAUGUCCAGGCCCGUCUGAAGUUUGCUAGAGUGCAUAUGGAUGAUCCAGAAGAGGAUUGGGAGAAUGUCAUAUGGUCAGAUGAAACCAAAAUAGAACUUUUUGGUAAAAACUCAACUCGUUGUGUUUGGAGGACAAAGAAUGCUGAGUUGCAUCCAAAGAACACCAUACCUACUGUGAGCAUGGGGGUGGAAACAUCAUGCUUUGGGGCUGUUUUUCUGCAAAGGGACCAGGACGACUGAUCCGUGUAAAGGAAAGAAUGAAUGGGGCCAUGUAUCGUGAGAUUUUGAGUGAAACCCUCCUUCCAUCAGCAAGGGCAUUGAAGAUGAAACGUGGCUGGGUCUUUCAGCAUGACAAUGAUCCCAAACACACCGCCCGGGCAACGAAGGAGUGGCUUCGUAAGAAGCAUUUCAAGGUCCUGGAGUGGCCUAGCCAGUCUCCAGAUCUCAACCCCAUAGAAAAUCUUUGGAGGGAGUUGAAAGUCCGUGUUGCCCAGCGACAGCCCCAAAACAUCACUGCUCUAGAGGAGAUCUGCAUGGAGGAAUGGGCCAAAAUACCAGCAACAGUGUGUGAAAACCUUGUGAAGACUUACAGAAAACGUUUGACCUGUGUCAUUGCCAACAAAGGGUAUAAAACAAAGUAUUGAGAAACUUUUGUUAUUGACAAAUACUUAUUUUCCACCAUAAUUUGCAAAUAAAUUCAUUAAAAAUCCUACAAUGUGAUUUUCUGGAAAACAUUUUCUCAUUUUGUCUGUCAUAGUUGACGUGUACCUAUGAUGAAAAUUACAGGCCUCUCAUCUUUUUAAGUGGGAGAACUUGCACAAUUGGUGGCUGACUUAAUACUUUUUUUCCCCACUGUAUCUCUUAGAUAUAGGACAGCCACUUCAGAACAAUAAUACGAUAGCCUAAUAUAAAGGGCCACGUGAGAAUAUCUGGUAUUUCCUUAGGCUAUUUUGAUCUUGCCUAGGGUGGCAAAAUGGCUGGAACCGGGGCUGCAAAGCGAGCUGCGUCACAUACACCUCAAAUAACAUUGCAGGACUGUGGUCGGGUUCGGGACCAGUUCUUGCGGGAGCGGGUGGGAGUCGGACAAGAAGUCAGCAGGAGCGGGCGCGGUAUGAAAAGCAGUGGGCAGGAGCGGGAUGGAGAAUUCUGUCCUGCGCAGACCUCUAUUUCACUAACACUAACACUCUUGAUUCAACUAAUCAACUCAUCAUCAAGCCUUUGAUUAUUUGAAUCAGGUGUGCUAGUGCUAGGGCAAAAAAACUCAAAUGUGCUUUGGGUCCCCAGGACAAGGAUUGGGAGACACUGUCUUAUAUAGUUGUUACUCCCUAAAGUCUUUCUCUCUGUCCCAUUCGACUCCUUUAGGUGGACAUGAACUUCAUGAAGAAGAUUCCUCCAGGCGCUGAAGCGUCCAACGUACUGGUAGGGGAGGUGGACUUCCUGGAGAGGCCCAUCAUCGCCUUCGUACGCCUGGCCCCCGCCGUCCUCAUCACAGGGCUCACCGAGGUGCCCGUGCCCACCAGGUAGGUACACUACACCUCUACACCCACUCUUUCACUUCUCUUUCUCUGUCUAACCUGCUGGUUCUAGGUUUUAUUCUUGCACCUACUCCCCUACAGGAACCUAAACCAUUUUUAUUUGGAGUCAUAAGUCCUAUCACCAAAUAUACUCACUUAUGUUGGGUUUUGAAUAAAUCAAUAUCUGCCUAUAUCUGACCAUUUACAUAUAUUUGUGUUCAGUCUAAUGAAAAUGGUUUGUGCUCCCUACAGGUUUCUGUUUCUGCUGCUGGGUCCAAAUGGUAAAGGCCCUCAGUACCAUGAGAUUGGCAGAUCCAUGGCCACACUGAUGACAGAUGAGGUAACAUUAAUUAAUAAACAUUCAUUAGCUCCCCCCACAUGCAUAGAAUAGAAUAACUCAUUUGUGAAACUUUUUCCCUUUAGGGGGACCUUUAGGUGUGGCAUUCAGAUUAGAUUAAUUUUAAGAUCAUUAGAUCAAAAUGUAAAAGCUAUACUGUUUCCUGCAUGUCUCUGUAGAUAUUCCAUGAUGUGGCGUACAAAGCCAAAGACCGGACGGACCUGCUGUCUGGGAUAGAUGAAUUUCUGGACCAGGUGACAGUCCUGCCCCCAGGAGAAUGGGACCCCACGAUACGAAUCGAACCCCCCAAGAACGUCCCAUCGCAGGUGUGGGUCUAAGAAAAUCUACAUGUCUAAAGUUAAGCCUGAUUUGAGAUGAUUGGUCACAUAUUUAGUGCUCUUCAAUCAUGAUCCUGGAGACCCACAAGGGGAGCAGGCUUUUGUUUCAGCCUAGCACUAACACACUUGAUUAAACUAGUCAAGGGCUUCAUGAUUAGUUAAAUGAGAUGUGUUAGUACUAGGUUGUAAAUAUAGCCUGCACUGCACCACCUGUGGGUCCCAGGACCAGGAUUGAAGGACACUGGCUUGCAUGGCAGUUUUCCAUGAUGUGUAUGACUGCCUCCUGGUAUCAGUAGAGGAUACGACAGCCCUGUAAUAACUUACAGUCAUGCGUGCAUGCAUUUUCAUAUGGGGUGGCCCCAGCGGAAUUCAAACCAACGACCCUGGCGUGGCCAACUCCAUGCUCUACAAACUGAGCCACACCUGUAAUGACUCUCUCACCUUUAGAUGAAGAGGAAGAUACCCUCCCAGCCCAACGGGUCGGCCUCACCGUCUGGGGAGAUGCUGAAGGAGGAGGAUGAAGGCCACGGAGCUGGGCCCGAGCUGCAAAGAACCGGACGGUGAGUUAGACAUAUGAAUUCAUAGGGGAGGUUUCCGUAUUUAAGCCUAAUUCUGGACUUUAAAGCAUUUUCAAUGGAGAUUCAAUUUUGAGCUUGAUUACAUUUUAAGCUUGCUUUUUAGUCCAGGACUAGACUUAAUCUGUGUCUGCGAAAGAUAGUUGAUAAGGGUAAAUCUCAAAUGACACCCUAUUUCUUACAUAGAAUUCUGAUCAAUAGGGUAACAUUUGAAACACUGCUUAAGACUCUAGUAUCAUAGAAAAUAAUAUGGCAUGGCAUAUGCAAUAUGUUGUAAAACUCUCUUUUUAAUAAUUUGAUGUCAUAGUAAUACAAAUAAAUGUUAUUCGUGAUGAAAUUCAUUGCACAUUGAUAAGGUAAUACAUUAUUGAAACUGUUUAUGAAGGCAAAAUUAACAACAUACAAUUCCCACAUACUGUGACAAGUCAUAAAUAUAACUACACACAGCACAUAACCACCCAUAUUGAAAGGUAGAUUUUAAUGUUGUAUAGAUCAUUAUCACUGCACACUUUACAAUUACGAUGCUGACAUAAAUAGAUACUCCGGUUCUAGGUGUAAAAGCUUCUGCGAUCACGUGGCUGCCCUGUUUGUAGUGUGUUUAUUUGCGACCUCACUCCCCCAGGACACACCCACCCACACCUCGCAGACUGGCCACUGAAUUAUUUACCAUUCCGCAGAUCCACUCUCAACUCUGCAUGCUGCUAUAAAAAGCCACAAGCUGAGAGAGAGUCACUCUCUCUUUCGGCGGUGUUAGUCAGUUCCUGACCACAAAGUGGUUGGUGACUUAGAGCUGAGAGUGUUGGGUUGAGCGUGUUUGUGUAAGUUAGCUGAGUGUGUGAGGUAGAAACAUGGGUUGACUGGUAUCUGGGUCAGAGAGCAGGAGUUUGUCCAACUCCAGUGGGAAACUAAUAGGGUUCCCCUCAGCAAGGAACGUACAGUGAGGGAAAAAAAUAUUUGAUCCCCUGCUGAUUUUGUACGUUUUCUCACUGACAAAGACAUGAUCAGUCUAUAAUUUUAAUGGUAGGUUUAUUUGAACAGUGAGAGACAGAAUAACAACAAAAAAAUCCAGAAAAACGCAUGUCAAAAAUGUUAUAAAUUUAUUUGCAUUUUAAUGAAGGAAAUAAGUAUUUGACCCCUCUGCAAAACAUGACUUAGUACUUGGUGGCAAAACCCUUGUUGGCAAUCACAGAGGUCAGACGUUUCUUGUAGUUGGCCACCAGGUUUGCACACAUCUCAGGAGGGAUUUUGUCCCACUCCUCUUUGCAGAUCUUCUCCAAGUCAUUAAGGUUUCGAGCCUGACGUUUGGCAACUCAAACCUUCAGCUCCCUCUACAGAUUUUCUAUGGGAUUAAGGUCUGGAGACAGGCUAGGCCACUCCAGGACCUUAAUGUGGUUCUUCUUGAGCCACUCCUUUGUUGCCUUGGCCGUGUGUUUUGGGUCAUUGUCAUGCUGGAAUACCCAUCCACGACCCAUUUUCAAUGCCCUGGCUGAGGGAAGGAGGUUCUCACUCAAGAUUUGACGGUACAUGGCCCCGUCCAUCGUCCCUUUGAUGCGGUGAUGUUGUCCUGUCCCCUUAGCAGAAAAACACCCCCAAAGCAUAAUGUUUCCACCUCCAUGUUUGACGUGGGGAUGGUGUUCUUGGGGUCAACGGCAGCAUUCCUCCUCCUCCAAACAUGGCGAGUUGAGUUGAUGCCAAAGAGCUCGAUUUUGGUCUCAUCUGACCACAACACUUUCACCCAGUUCUCCUCUGAAUCAUUCAGAUGUUCAUUGGCAAACUUCAGACGGGCCUGUAUAUGUGCAUUCUUGAGCAGGGGGACCUUGCGGGCGCUGCAGGAUUUCAGUCCUUCACGGCGUAAUGUGUUACCAAUUGUUUUCUUGGUGACUAUGGUCCCAGCUGCCUUGAGAUCAUUGACAAGAUCCUCCCGUGUAGUUCUGGGCUGAUUCCUCACCGUUCUCAUGAUCAUUGCAACUCCACGAGGUGAGAUUUUGCAUGUAGCCCCAGGCCGAGGGAGAUUGACAGUUCUUUUGUGUUUCUUCCAUUUGCGAAUAAUCACACCAACUGUUGUCACCUUCUCACCAAGCUGCUUGGCGAUGGUCUUGUAGCCCAUUCCAGCCUUGUGUAGGUCUACAAUCUUGUCCCUGACAUCCUUGGAGAGCUCUUUGGUCUUGGCCAUGGUGGAGAGUUUGGAAUCUGAUUGAUUGAUUGCUUCUGUGGACAGGUGUCUUUUAUACAGGUAACAAGCUGAGAUUAGGAGCACUCCCUUUAAGAGUGUGCUUCUAAUCUCAGCUCGUUACCUGUAUAAAAGACACCUGGGAGCCAGAAAUCUUUCUGAUGGAGUGUCAAGGGGUGCUGAAGGUGGGUGUGGUGCAGGAAUCAAGCGCAGGACGCAGAAACUAAGUCCAAAAUACUUUAGUGAAAUAUUCACGUAGUACACGAGCAAACAAGCCCGGAGGCGAAGUAAAGGCGCACACAGGCGUCAAAACAAUAGGCGCACUAACAUGUGCGAAAACCUCUCCAAAACAACGGAGGGAAACACGUAGCUCAGAACACCAAACAGAAGAGCAAUCACACACAACACCUGACACACACAACGAGAACUAAAUAGGACACUAAUGAGGACUAACUAGACACAGGUGUACAACAUCAAGACACAACCAAACGAACAUGAAACAUAGAUCGGUGGCAGCUAGUACUCCGGGGACGACGACCGCCGAAACCUGCCCGAACAAGGAGGAGGAGCAGCCUCGGCCGAAACCGUGACAUGGAGAGGGGGUCAAAUACUUAUUUCCCUCAUUAAAAUGCAUUUUGUUGUUCUGUCUCUCACUGUUCAAAUAAACCUACCAUUAAAAUUAUAGACUGAUCAUGUCUUUGUCAGUGGGCGAACGUACAAAAUCAGCAGGGGAUCAAAUACUUUUUUCCCUCACUGUAGCUCUAAGCAUCACAGUUAGGAAAUGACCAUUAACCAAAGAUCUCUGAAAUGUGAAUGAAUGCUUGUGAAAUAAGUGUCCAAAAAUCUGUAUCACCAAUGAACUGCCAUUCACAUACUGUGAUGGGCCAAAAAUGUUAUCUGGGGGUUCCAAAAAGUAAUCUGGCAGAACCUAUUGAUGAUGGUUAUCUGUGGGUCCUAAAAAAAUAUCUGGGAGCCCUAUUGAAGGUCCAAAAACUUAUCUCGGAGUCAAAGAAUGUGUUGUAUGGUCCCCUGUAUGGUCCAAAAACCUAAUCCAGAAGUACAAGAUGUAAUCUGGGAGUCCAAGGGAGUGAUCUGGGGUACUUUACCACAUUAGUAUAAUGCUGCUACUUUAGUUAGUCUGCUGUAAAGUGUUGUGGUUUUUCCCUUCCUCCAGGAUCUUUGGAGGCCUUGUGAUGGAUAUAAAGCGGAAGGCCCCGUUCUACUGGAGCGACAUCCGGGACUCGUUGAACCUGCAGUGUCUGGCCUCCAUCCUGUUCCUCUACUGCGCCUGCAUGUCCCCUGUCAUCACCUUCGGCGGGCUGCUGGGCGAGGCCACGAAGGGCAACAUAGUGAGUGGGUCCUUGUCCAUGAGUGUCAAUGAAUGCCACUCCGAUUACAUCUUUUUGUCUUCUGUCUGUGCUGUAUCAUCUAAUAUAUGCAAGUCACUUAGCUGCCUGGUAAAACUAGUUUACUGCAAGUUCUUACCCUAUUUUUUUAUCACUAAAAGCAUAUAGGAUGCAUAUCACUAAGCAAAUAGGUGGUUAGAUAGUGUCCCUCUUCCUCACUGCGAGCUACUCUAUAUACUGUCUCCAUGCUUUGAUCCUGACAAUGAGUUACACACACACCCUACAGUGACCCUAGAUGUCUUUAUUAGGAGGGAGACUGUUGGCAUAGCGAGCGUCAGCGCGCUGGGGUGUGUGAUGUGUCUGAGUAAACUCACCAGAUGACGAGGGGCGGAGGGAUAUGAGAAAUGACAGGCCGACGGGGUGGGAAAAGUUUAUCUAGGCAGUCUGAGCUGGAAUGUCGGUUUAAACGUAUGUAUUAUGUUAUGUGGGGUGUUCUGUCCGCUUUGCCUCUUUUCCCUUAGUCUCCCCCUCUCUCUGGCUUCCUCAAUGUAUUUACCUCCUCGUCAUCCUCCCCUUUCCCUCCUUCUUUCCCUUCUCCUGCUACAGAGUGCCAUAGAGUCUCUGUUUGGGGCUUCCCUCACAGGAGUGGCCUUCUCUCUGUUUGCGGGGCAGCCCCUCACUAUCCUGGGCAGCACGGGGCCUGUCCUGGUUUUCGAGAAGAUCCUCUUUAAGUUCUGCAAGUGAGUGCUACACCGAUCCUGGUUACACUCAUUCGCACAGGGGCCCUCUGGCGGUAGCAACCUGCAAGAACAAGCUCACUACUGCCAUUUGGGGAUUUCUAAUUAGUUUCUAAGUAACUCCCUGAGUUUUAUAUAGUGUACAUGUACAGUAAGUUACAGGGCCUGGAGUUUUUUCUGUCAAGUCACAUGGUCAGGAAAAACUCGGGGCCCUAACUAGUUAUGAGAGAAGUUGGGACAGGCUCAAGGUCAUUAUUAAUGAAUCCUCAAUCAUUUCAUAAGGCAUAGUCCGAGUGAUUGCUCCUCCCCUACAAUUGUCAUAACCUCUAUGCUUUGAGCUCACUGCUUCCAGUACCUAAUAAGAUAUGGAUGUGAAAAUACACUGAAAACAUCCAAAAUACAUAAUCUAUACAGCUAAAAUCUACAGUACAAUGCCAUGUAAAAACAAGUUGACAUUGAGGUUAAAUAAAGUGUGCUUUCUCAAUUUACCUAAUUUUGCUAACCAUUACUUUAGACAAAAUCAAGAUGUUUGUAAUGUUUUUUUGUAUCUUAAAUUAGAGCUCACUUUUAGCAAAUUCUAAAUUUGCCAUUAAUCGCAAAAUCCUGCUAUUGAGUCUUGACCUUCUAUACCGUCCUACCCACCCAGGGACUACGGCCUGUCCUACCUGUCGUUGAGGACCAGCAUCGGCCUGUGGACGGCCUUCCUCUGCCUGGUCCUGGUGGCCACAGAUGCUAGCUCCCUGGUCUGCUACAUCACACGCUUCACAGAGGAGGCCUUCGCCGCGCUCAUCUGCAUCAUCUUCAUCUACGAGGCCCUGGAGAAGCUCUUCCACCUGGGGGAACACUACCCCGUCAAUAUGCACAACGAGCUGGACAACCUCACCCUCUACUCGUGAGUCAGGAUCGGAGAGCCUAGGUUGAGGGCAAAAGCCGCGAGAAGUGGGCAGUGCCAUUUUUCUGCUACCUUAAAAAAAACAAAUGUUGACACCCAUUUUCUUCAGGAAAUGUACCUGUUCUAUUUGGAUUACUGUGUUUUAGAUGUUACCACUGACUUAAAAGAGGAGCUUAUGGUUUUGUGCUUGUGCUAUUUAGGAUGGGGAGUAUAAGAUUUAUUCUCUUGACUCAGGUGUCAGUGUUCUCCACCGGCCAACGCCUCCUCUCAGAUCUUGCAGACGUGGAACCAGACAGGACACACACCAGACUCUAUCUCCUGGAACAGCCUCAACGUAUCGGUCAGUCAGAGGACAUACACACACACACACACACUGCAAAAACAUCUGUUGAGCCUGUGUAUUUCUCUGACCCUUUACUCUCUUUGUCAGAUGUGUAACCUGCUCCAUGGAGAGUUUGCUGGUCCUGCCUGUGGUCACCACGGCCCCUACAUCCCAGACGUCCUCUUCUGGUCCAUCAUCCUCUUCUUCACCACCUUCUUCCUCUCAUCUUUCCUCAAGGAGAUCAAGACCGAGCGAUACUUCCCUACAAAGGUGUGUUAUUCACUUGCGAGCAGGGCGUAGAGCGCGUGCGUGUUUGUGAGUGUUCCUCUGAAAUGUAAAUGUGUGGUUAGUUUAUUGUGCUGCAUCAACAUUCACAGUUAACUUCAAGGUCUUCACAUUCUUCCCACACAAUAUGUCCCACACUUUGCUAUUACCGUUAGCUACUGUGUAGGUGUUCCCACUGAGUGAAUUAUAAUGACUGUGUUUUUUACACAUUAACAUGAUUAUGUAUUGUCGUUAAUAUGGAUUAUGUAGGUGCGCUCCACCAUCAGUGACUUUGCCGUGUUUCUGACCAUUAUGAUCAUGGUGCUGGUGGACUAUCUAAUGGGCAUCCCCUCUCCUAAACUCAACGUACCCGACCGCUUUGAG